AUGGCGACUCCAAGCUUGCGUUCCAGCAACAUGGCGGCUAGUGAAAGUGGUGUGCAGGUAACUGCCUUACAACAAUUAUAUAGGUUAUUAUUUGUGCAAGAUUAUAAUGAAUUCAACCCACAGUGUGUGGUGUGAAAUGUAGAUAUAAUUCAGCGUUUGUGGUGUGCUUGGUAAUGAUAAAAUGUGCAGAGAGUUGCUGAAGAGUCUGUAUUAGGGCUUUUUUCGUGUUAUGCAGGUUUAGACAGGAAAUACACAGUUUACAGUAGGGAUGCAUAUUACAGAAGAGAGACAUAUUUUGCACACACACAAAAAAAUAAUAAUAAUAAAAAGUAGAAACUCUGUGAUGGUCAUUUUUUAAAAAUUUAUUUGCAGAGAGAAAUGUAUUUUUAUUAUUGUUUUUGCUGUGGUAGGAAGACUGCUGUAGUUGAAUGGGUUACAAACUUUCUAGUUUGAUCCCAUGUAUGUGAGAUGAAUGGAAUUACUUGUUUUUUGUUUCUUAGAUAAGAGAAAGGAAAUAAAAAAAAAAAGCAAAACAAGUUAAAAAAAAAAAAAAACCCAAACAAAUCAUGAAUUGUAACUAUGGGGACAUUUAGCUCAGGAAUUCAUUUUCAGGUGAUCCCCCAAAAAAUCACCAGAAAAAAAAUGUCACAUUAUAACAUUCACUAUUUUUGAUAAUAGUGCUACCAAUUCAAUAAAUUGUAUAGUGGGUGGCAGAGGAUUAAAUUAAAAUAGGCAAAUUUCCCAGCUCCUGCUAAUCUAAGAAAGCGUAUCACAGUUGUUCCACAUAUUCAGGGGUGAGAAUUCCUAUGUCCACUGCCUUCAUCUGUGGUCUCGUGGAGGGCAAAUGUUUUAAAGGUAAACCCCACAUAUGGUUUGAGUUUAGGUGGUAAGACACUAGUAAAACUCUUUCUGGUAAUGAGAUUAUUUUAAGAAACUUUACUAAUUAAGGAUUGACCAUUCAGUUUCCUUCUAGUAACAGUUGUGUUUUAUUUUCUUUUUCUUUUUGUUGUUGUUUUUUCUUUUCAAACUGAUGCCCUGUGUUCAUUGGGUGGGAAUUAAAGGGGUCAAUAUCCGGUUUGAAUACAUGUACAAACCAACCUUUGUUUUUCAGUGUUUUGAUAGUUUUUGAUCCCAGGACAAAGUGUUAAUAAUAUAGUUUGUCCUUUUUUCUAGAUGAUCUAAUUUGCUAUAUAUAUAUUAUAAAAUGUAAAGACUUCAAAGAUGUUUUAAACCACUUAGAAUUUUGUCUCUCAACCCCAUCUACAGGAAGAUGUUGUUAAUGAAAAGGAGGAUUCUCUGACCUUCGCAUUUCUCUCCCUAACACAAGUUAGUUCUCUUUUAGAGCAAGAUGUGAAUGGAGUACAAAGGUAUGCACAAUUAUUUUAUCUUUGUUAUUCUUAUAAGGUGUCAAACAUUUCACUAAAAAGAACUAUCAAAGCGGCAAUCAGAAAUGGGACCUCUUACAAACUCACUGUCAAGGUGCCCUAAACACACAGUUAAACACACUUCCAGACACACUGAUGGAAAAACAUGGGUAUGCAUUCCAAUCACACAGAUAAAUGCACAGGUAAUCUUUUAAAGACACACGGUUACAUUUUGACAGACAAAACGAUAAUCGUGUGUGGCAGAACUUACCACCAAUUUUAUGUUUUUUCCCCUCAUUUUACCCUUUUUCCGUUCGGGAGUACUGCAUAUGAACGAUAUCCAUUCAUCUCCCGAAUGAGGACCACCCCUGUCCCCCAUUAGAACGUUCACACCACCCCUGGGUGGUCCGCCAUUUUGUAUAACCGAAUGCACGUGGUCAACAAAAGAAUGGCGGCUAUCUUGUCUCUUGAACGUGGGCUGUAGUUGGUCGUCAAGUGCCUCAAACUCUUUUCAGCGAAGCAAUCACACAAACCCUGGUAAAGAUUAGACCGCUGUUUCCGACCGCCUAUGCGAACGACGUUCGGGAGAUAGGAACUGCUGAACAGGGGGAACAUUCGUAUCCUGAAAUGAGGAGAUUCCCUUGCAUGGUGUUCGCACAGGAACCCCCAAACAGAGACCGGCCAGGACACCUGUUUCCCUGGAACUGUUUUGGGCUACCGCCACGUGUCUGGGUAGUCAAAACUUUACCUUGAGGGCAUUCCCGCUUCACAGAACCGAUCUGAGUGAUCUUUGGAUAUGUUAUACACUCAGAUUGGGGCUAUCCAGGGAUGUACUUUUUGUGGGGUUCCUGAGUAUGAUGGGGGCACUUUUGGGGUACUGUAUAUUUUGUAUGGAUUUUCUGUACCUGAGAGAUAAUUUGAUUAUAUGUUUUUCUCACGCAAUUAUUUCUCAGGCACACAGGAUCCUGGGAUUGAAAACCCUGUAUUUGUGUGUUGGAGACCGCAUGUAGGGGUCUGGGCAUGAAAGCCGUGUGUAACCUGAAUAAAAUCAGUUGCCUCCCAGAACUAUGUUUCGUCUGGUUACUGGGGGAAUGGAUGGUUUUAAUGGUUCCAGAGUGAAGGAAUUAGCGAAGGUAACCAGUCGGGUUACCAGUGGUCUGCUACAAUCGUUAUCAGAUAAAGAUUGAAACGAGUAAUACUACAAACUGGCAGAUAUACUCACACUGCCAGAUAUCCACUCACUGGCUAAUAUUAAAGUUUAUGUUGAUUUUAACCAUCUAAUCCUUUGGGUACCAUUGGCUGCAAGAAGGUGAUUACCAUGGGGUCCAUGGGGGAAGCAGGCUGUCCCUUCAUUCACAUGCAGUUUUCUUUAUGUACUUGGAAUAAGUAAUCUGAUAUCACAUCUUCCAAGUGGUACUGCACAAGAAAGGGGGGCAUUUUUAUUUAGGGCCCACCCGUCUCUCAAAGGUGGGGGCCUGGGGGGAGGACAAUAGCCCCCCCUCGUUAUCAUUUAUGGCCCCCACCUGCCGCUCAGGGGUGGGGGCCGGGGGGAGGACAAUAGGUUCCCCCCCUCAUUUUCCUUUAUGGCCUCCACCCACCACUUGGGUGGGGGCAGUAGAUCCCAUCCCCCCCUCAUUUUCCUUUAUGGCCCACCCGGUGCUCAGGGGUGGGGGCCGGGGGGAGGACAAUAAGCCCCCUUAUUGUUAUUUAUGGCCCCCACCCAUCGCUCAGGAGUGGGGGCCCCCACCCGCUGCUCAGGGGUGGGGGUCUGUGGGAGGGGUACUAGGGUUUUUUUUUUUUUUUUAACAGUGAGCAGCCAGAGGCAUAGCGGUAUAGCGCGUAGGGGCAGAAUUUACUAAUACUAAGUAAUCUGGUAGUUAUCUACUAAUAUGCAGCCGCGGCACGAAUAGGAACGGAGUUUCAUUCAUUAGAACGAAAUUCCAAUAUGAACAAAUUCCUGAAUUGUGUCCUAACACGAAUGAACAAACUGUUCUCAUUCUGUUAGGACGCAAUUCGGCAGUUUUGCCGGCGUCCUGUCUAAAUGACAGGACAUUCAGGAAUACUGACAGGCAGCAUUGCAGGAACAGGGAGGAAAGCUUAGAAUUGUGGAAAAAUUUCUCUGACCACCGGAAGUGAAGCACACUUUGCUCAUCCGCUGGUCAGAGAUGGUCAGGCAUAGGAAACCUCCAUAAGACAAGUAGUCCCUACUUUGUUUUAUGUUUUAAAGAAAACUAGAGCAGACAGAAAGAAAUGAAGAACAGAUCCUGACAGAGGGAGAGAAGAGAAAUCGAUUAGAGAAAGGUAAGUUCGGCAUGACAGUGCCGCUUUAAAUACAAUGUAAAAGUACAGCAUGCAAAUUAUGAAGAAGUGCAAAUUUUAGGCCAAAAUAGCCAAACUUUAAAAAUCUUGCAACAUAUGCUUUUUAUUUAAUUAUUUAUUUUAAAAGAUAUUCUACUGCCCAAAUACCAGAAUAAAAAAAAUCACUAUUUAGUAGACAUAUCCCCAAUUAAUACAUGCAUGCAUUUAAUUAUGUAUUUUAUUCAUUGGUGUAUAUCUAUAAACAGCUUGCAAAAGCUGCAUCCUAUGUAAGCCCUUCCCUUCUUUUCCAGCCCAGAAUGUGGCUGUCCAAUCAUAGACUUCCCAUUGCAGCUUGAUGAGAAGUCCUUGCAAGGCAGGUGCAAUGGGCAUUUGCCUGCCUUAUGUGUUUAGCUCCACUGAGCUAAAGAGCUAAAGAAGCAGUACAGAUUGCCUGAUUGACAGCCAGUGCAGUGUAGCAAAGUUUAUUUAUAAAAAUACCAAUUUCAAUAGAAAUCUGCACUUUUUGAAAUGACAAAAAGUGGACACUCUCUUCGAACAUAAAGCACUUUAGCUUGCUGAAGUGCUUUAAGUUUUUGAGUGUUCUAUUACUGGCUAACAGGGUUAGUCAUUAAAAACAGGUGGAUAACAUACAUUUAUGGUAGGAUCUUGAAUUUAGUUGAAAUGAGACAAAAAUAUUGACCGAAACCUUUCAAUAACAUUGAAUCGAGGCCUUAAUUCACUAUAAAUUUGAGUUUUUACUGGAUAAUCCAGUGGGUGUUUUUCAUCAGGCCCAAACAUUAGAACAUUGCAAAGCCUCGAUUUUAUUCUGACGUUUAGACACAAUACAACCCAUAAUAAUUUAAAUAAUAAAUACACAUAAAGUGUCUCUUGAGUCACAUCCAUGAAAAAUAAAGUAUGAGCUGAUUGAUUGAUGAGUUAAAUGCAUACUGUUAAACAAAAGUGAAUAUUUUCUGACAUGUUUUAUUAUCUUUAACAUAAAUAUAUUAAACCGUAAAACAGUUGAUGUUCUUAAAUUUGUUCGCUGUAAUAUUUCCACCAGUUUAUCUUUUGUUUAAUGUAGCAUGUAUUUUAUUGCAUUAUCUUUCAAAUGCUAAAGUAUGACCUAAAAGCAACAAAAAAAAUAAGACAGAUCAGUUAAGAUACUUCUCAAGGAAGGGAUAUUGCAAUUUAAAAAUUAGAAAAUUGAUGGUAGCUGACAAUGAUUCUGCAAAAUAUGGUUAAAGUAGCAAUGACAAUACUUCUUAGGGGCUGUAAACCAAUACUUUCCAUUUAUGAUUUAUGGAUUUUUUCAUGCUGUGCUUCCAAGAUUUAUUAUCAGUCAUCCCAUUAUUAUAAUGUUAGAAUUAUUCAGUAGAUUUGUUUACUUAAAGUGGCUUUGUGUUUUUUUUAACCACUUUUUACAAAAUUGAUAUUUGUUUAGAAGUUACCUUAAACAUUGUCCUUGGUUUUUGGGUUGCAGUGCACUGGUGCCAAUUAUUGGGUGGUUCCAUUAAAGAGUUACUCCAAACACCAUGAUCACGUCAGUGAUUUUAAAGUGGUCAUGGUUCCUUAAGUCUUGAUGUUCAGCAUUAUGCAGUAUUGCAUAAAUUAUAUAAAAGUAGAAUUAACCCAACUUGAAAAUAUAGAGAAGAAAAGAAAAAAAAUUGAACCAGGGACAGGAAUAGGGAAAAGAAAGGAAGAGGAACUAAUAACAAACCCAGGAUAGAAGAAAAGGGUGCGGGGGGGAGCUAGGGGUAGAGUUGUUAAAAGAGAAUGUUAUGGUAGAGGUGAGUACUCAGUUUGUGUUGGAUAGGUAGGUUUGCCAGGUAUGCCUAAUGUUGGUGCAUUUCAAAAUUAGCUGGUAGUCCCUCCAGGGAACUAACAUAGCUAACCUAGGCUUGAGUGGAGGCUGAGCUUGAGUAUAGUAAUAGGAACCUAUCCCUCCAUUUAAAGAUAAUGACAGCCUGUAGGGGUGUCUGCUUUGCACCACUUGGUUGAAUGGGUGAAAAGACGGAGACGGCAUCUGAUUGGACACAAUUGUCAUGGGAGGAAUCAGAAUCCAGAAAGUGCUUUCUGGCACAUUUAACCCUGAUGAAGGUGCUACGUAGCACCGAAACACGUGUUGUCUUUUUAGUUAUUUUAUUUCUCUCACAGUUAUCACGUUAUGUGUGGGCUGAGGAUGUGUUCUUGGGAUAUAGUUUAGUGGUUGUGAAGCGAGUACAGGAUUAAGCUUGUAGUAAUUUUUAAUUUGUAACAUUUCUUCCUUGAUAAGUAGCCUAAUUGAUCUGUCUCUCUUUUAUUUUAUUUUUUUAUAUGCCUAGUGGCAACUGAGGUAUUAAGCAGCAUAGUGUCAGGCUCCCGCCUCGCGCACCAUAUGUCCCUCUAUCCCGAAGGAGAUGCUGUGCCAGAGUGCGACUGUACCGCCAGGCUGUCCACCAACGCCGGCUGCUCUUAGCUCUUCAUGGGACAGGCAGUGCCAUUUCUCAGGCACGGCACUUCAGAUGGAGGGACUGCCUGCUCUUUUUCAUGAUAGAGGGAUGGAGCACCAAAGUGGAUCUUAAGGCGCAUGCGUGCCGAAGCAAGGCCCUCUUAAAGAGACAGCAGGCGGGGACCAACACAGGGGAUGUACAUGAAGGUGGAGCUACAUUAAGUGGACAUACCUCCUCUCCCUAUUUAAACUCUUUGCACAGUUGUACUGUGCUCCUGUUGUGUUCAUACCUUCAGGGCCUGUCCUGUUUACUUCCUGAUAUUUGACUCCUGCUUGACUCCUGACUACGAUCCUGUGUCGUCUGUCCUGACCUUUGGCUUUUCUGAAUAUUCUUCAUCUGAUCCAUUUGUACUGCGUUCCUUAUUGUAAUUACUGCCUUUUCUGCAUGUUGGGCUUUAUCUACUAAACAGCACCCUAACACACAUAUGUGGCUAUUCAUUAAUAUAUAAUUUCUUUAGACAGACUAAUGGAAGGGAGCUGUUUCCCCUUGAUAUUAAGAAGAAUGCAGACUUUUCAGGGUUUUCAGUUGAUAUGAGAUUUAGUCUACUUGCCUUCUUCUUUAUAUAGCCAGGGACAGCAAGCAAGAUUAAGAUAAUUUUUUUAGUAGACCAGAGUGUUAGCCACUAUUAAUAUCAAGAGAUUGCUAUUAAUUAGCAAAUUCUGUUCCUUCUUUUUUGUAUCUGAAGCAAUAAGUAACAGCAAUAGGAAUACAAUGUAUCAGUGUUCUAAUUGGCUUGUGAUUAAUAAAGCUUUCUGUAGACAUUGAUACCUAGGUUACUUUUAAGCUGAUUUCAUAUUCUUGCCCAUUUUUACUUACUUUGUCUCCUCCUUCUACAGUGUAUAUACAUUUUGUUGAAUCUCCUUUAUUAUUUUGUGAGUUCUUGCUAUUAGGGUAGAAGCCCAGGGUAGUGCUGGCACUAUCCCCACUGACUAGUCACUACCAUCUAGAUGAUGUUAUAGUGUGGUGAUUUCAAAGUUAUUUCCUUUUUGAUUUCUUGACACAGCCAUCAACAAAAGUCCUCCGCAUUACCUCCAUGAGGUUGUGUCCUCAUAAUUUCACCUAUAGGUCAGCAUUCACCUAUAAUUACCCCCAACACAUUUUAUCCCCUGAGUGGAAUUUUGAUUUAGCAAUUAUGACACCUGGGAAGCUCAAUAGUAUAAUAAUAAUAACAUUUGGGCCACAAUACUAUCUCUCAGUUUAAAGCUAUUACCUUUAAAGCCAGGCAAAGUUGUUUGUAUACCCAAAUAAAAUGCAGGAUUUUGUUUCUGCAGAUCAACAAUAUUAUCCAGAACCUAAGCUAAUGGUAGGAAUUUAAACAGAUACAGUAUAAUAGGCAAAACCACCAUUUUGAAAGCAUAAAAAAGGCCCAACAACAAAAUAUAUCAGAGUGUUUCCAAGUUUUUAGCAAUCCUUUGAGUGAUGCAUACACAGAAAGGUAAUGUAUUGAAUAUAGAUCUUUUCUGCUUGAAUGAGCUUUUUCCCUAGGUAGCCCAUGGCGUGGACACAGAUCCUAAAUCUGAACGACUCCAUUAGUUAUGUAAUCAUGUCAUGAUUAACUCCUACAUUUAGGUCAGAACACUUAGAACGGUUCCAUAUGGCAUACACAUUAGGAAGUGAGACAAGGGCAGUUGAGUAUCAUCAAUGAUAAGGUUGAUGAUAUAGCAUCAUGGGCCACUUUUCAGGCAAGGAUAGGAGCUGAAUAGGGAGAUGGUCAAAUAAUAAUUGGGAAGUAGGAUUAAAGGGAAGGAAAUAAGGAGAUAGGAUGAGGAAUGUUUAGGUAGGAUUGGAUAGUUAAACAAGAAAAGCAUUGGAGAGCAAUAGACAAGAAGAGCAAUGGAUAUAGAUUGUAGGCAUAGAAGAACGAAUAGAAGCAUAAAAAUGGCUAAAAACAUUCAUACCUGAUAACUCUUUUUAGAAGUUGGGCAGAUCAACAAUUCCUUUCUUAAAAUACAUUAUAUUUAUGUGGACAAGAGCCUUCACAAUGCUCACCCUUAAACUGACUAUGGAUGAUUGGUAUUGUAGGUUCUGAUGUUGUCAGCCCAUUAAUGCAUUGAAAAACUGCACAAAAUUAACAUGGUUAAAGUUGAAUGAGAACUACCACUUUAGCUGCACUGUGAUGACUGGAAGCAGAGUAGGCUCCAGCCAUUGUUAAUAUAAUGUGAACGGUUUGCGCAACAUCAAUCUAACCUGGCAGCCAAGGAGAGUGGACUGGAAUGUGCAUGCGUGAACAAUGAUGACUUCACUCUACUAGUUAGUGGUGGCGCAAGACGCUGUUGAGUGAGCAUCUGUACUGUGUGGUCGUCGCAUUCAAAAUGACUGAGCGAGUAGAGCAACGAAUCUGCAUCAAACUUUGCGUUCUGCUUGAACAUCCCUUCAUGGAAACUAUUCGGAUGAUUCAGAAGGCUUUCGGUGACAAUGCAGUAAGUGCAGAACAAAUAAAAGUGGUUGAGUAUCUGUUGAAAGAUUUGGUGUCCUGCAACGUCUGGCUUUUCCAAAACUAAAAUAACUUUGGAAAGGGAAGAGAUUUCAGACAAUCGAUAAGAUUCAGGUAAAUAUGACAAAGCAGCAUAUGACGGCAUCAACAAAGGGUUUUACAGAGUGUUUUGAACAUUAUAAAAGACACUGGGAGAACUGUAUGGGUCCCAAAGUGCCUACUUUGAUGGGGAUAUGUACAAUGUUUCUUGUAUCGUGUCUUCUUCAAUAAAUGUCACUAUUUUUCAUGUUACAUGGCUGGAUACUUUCCAGACAGACCUCGUUUGUAUAUAACCACCUGAAAUCACCCGUUUAUACAAUGUGGAAAUAUAGAAAUAUAAAUAAAAUCAACUUAGCUUUAUAAAGCAACACAGCUUCAAGCUGGCAGCCACUUGCAAUCAAUCCAGAAUGCACAUACAUAUAUAUAACACACACACACAAAAUAGACAUGCUACACCACAACCUAAUAAAGCAAAUAAUCUUGCCUUGUUGCAAAGCCGCGUUGGAAAUAUAAAAUAAACAAAAAAGAAUGUGCCUUCAACUCCAGCGUUUAGUGUUUAAAGUGGUAUUAUCAAAACAUUUGGAUCUUAAUCAAGGACCUUGGAUCGACUGGGUCAAAACGUUGAUAUUUUUUCACACAGAUGACAUUGUUUUGAUAAUACCACAUUAAACACUAAACACUGGAUUUGGAGACCUUUGAGUGCACUCUCAUAUUUGUUUUUUUUUAUGCACUCAUCUGAACAUGCAUACAUUAUAGGGUGCUGCUGGAGCCAAUUAAUACAACAUAUAAUAUCCAGCGCACUCGCUUAUUCACUAAACAGUAAUUUCAGAUACCACAGAAUGUAAUAGUUGUAUUUAAAAACACCUCAUCUAGGCAAAAAAUAUUGGGGGUUUAGUUACAAUAUAUGAUCAUACAUUGCAUAAGCCUGCCACAACGUCAAUGUACCCCAUUCUUGGCAGGGCCUACUCCCAGUGGCAUCCUAUAAUGUAUACAUGUUCAUGUGAGUGCAGACUAGUGUGAUAUUGUUACAAACAAAACAUAUGGCACUCUUAUUAGUAGCACUCACAAUAGUGAUGUUUACAAUCGCCUUUAAGGUGCCUCCCUGAUGGUGAUGGGGACCAACAGCUUUCUCCUUUCUUGGAGUCACCUCAUUCUGGAACGGAAGCAGUAAAUUAAUUUAGUGGCAAAAAAACGUGUAUAAUUAAAACAAGUCUGAAUAAAACCAACAAACAAAUUUAAAAAAAAACAACAACAAAAAGUACUACUUGCUUAUAGCAGUAGAAAGAGGGAAGUGCUCAUGCCAUUGUACAGAACACUGGUGAGACCGCACUUGGAUUAUUGUACGCAGUACUGGAGACUGUAUCUUCAGAAGGAUAUUGAUACUUUAGAGAGGGUUCAGAGAAGGGCUACUGAACUGGUUCAUGGAUUGCAGGAUAAAACUUACCAGGAAAGGUUAAAGGAUCUUAACAUGUAUAGCUUGGAGGAAAGACGAGAGGGGGGAUAUGAUAGAAACAUUUAAAUACACAAAGGGAAUCAACACAGUAAAGGAGGAGACUAUAUUUAAGAGAAGAAAAACUACCACAACAAGAGGACAUAGUCUUAAAUUAGAGGGACAAAGGUUUAAAAAUAAUAUCAGGAAGUAUUACUUUACUGAGAGGGUAGUGGAUGCCUUCCAGCUGAAGUGGUAGAGGUUAACACAGUAAAGGAGUUUAAGCAUGCGUGGGAUAGGCAUAAGGCUAUCCUAACUAAGAUAAGGCCAGGGACUAAUGAAAGUAUUUAGAAAAUUGGGCAGACUAGAUGGGCCGAAUGGUUCUUAUCUGCCGUCACAUUCUAUGUUUCUAUGUUGUUUCGUUUAUAUAGAACAGGGAUAGGCAACCUUCAGCACUCCAAUUGUUUUGGACUACAUCCCCCAUAAUGCUCUUACAGCCAUAAUGCUGUCAAAGCGCCAAGGGAGAUGUAGUCCACAACAUCUGGGGUGCUGAAGAUUGCCUAUCCCUGAUAUAGAGCUUACUCAGUGACGCCCUAUAAAAGGAUGUUGGGGGAUGGAUUAGGCUGCUCUUUGCAUUUAUUGUUGAUUUUAACAUUUUAUGCUAUAUAUUGUAUACUUUUUAUAGAUAUUCAGCUGUAUCCAAACUUUAUGUAUAUAUAUAUAUGCUCCAGGAAAGUGUCAAUCCUUUCAAAAAUGAUUUGGCAAGUUAUCAUGAUACAACACCAGGUGACUCUUGUCACUAUAACCACUACAAGGAGCUGUACUGCUAUUUGUAUUUAGAGUGUUUUUUCUUUUUUUUAACACAAAUUGUCCCUUACAUGUUUACACCCAAGGAAAUAGGGAUACAUACUUAUUCUUUUCAUAGAUUUAUUUAUGUCAUUGAUUUACAAAAUCGGAAUUGCUUGUAAAAUGAUUAGAUAUUUUAACAGUAUGAAUUACUAUAGAAAAAGUGAUUGUUCGUGUUGUAUAUCUAUUGCUGUUUACGCAAGAAACAUCUGCAUUAAGAUUUUCAUGAUGAUGUAUCUGUUUAUGCUAUAUUUAGAAAUUCUGCAUUAUGCUGUGCUGAAGCAAAUUAUAAAAAUAAACAAUUUAUCAUGGCAUAUGUUACACUUUUUUUUUUUUGGGCUGUUUGUUCACCUGCGUUGUACAAGAUGUAGAUGGUACAAAUGAUGCUGUUAUGUGUCAAGAUUCUAACACAAACUGACUUAAUAGGUCGUCAUGCAUGAUAAUGCAAUAACCCUUCAAUAACAUAUAUUUUCUUGUAGCGGGAAAAUGUUAACAUCUGUAGGAAGUUCUGAAAUAUUUCCCUGGGAGAUCUUAAUGUUCUGCAUAAUAAUAUAAAAACUAUGGUUUAUAAAAUAUACAUGGUAAUGCAUUUUGUCUGCUAUAAAACCAAUUUUUUUUUUGUUUUUCUAACACUCCCUGCAUGGAAAAUCAUACAUCUUUCUGAUUUUGUAUUGUUUGUGGCUGAUAUUAUUUAAACCUCAGUAGUGUUAAAUAUUAUUGCUUUAUAGGAACAUUUAGAAGAAUUUGGUAACCACUACUAGCAUAAAUGUCUUGUACAUAUUUCUUGUUUAUUUCUCUUUGUUAAUACCGUGCAGAAUAUGUUAGAAUUUUUUAAUUAAGUAAUAAAAUCAAUAUGAAUCAAAAACUGCAUAUUUGGGGAUGUGACAUAAUUUAACUAAAAGGUACAGUAACUUGUGAUGAGAUAAAGCAGAUAUAGUACUUAUAGUGUCUCUUUAAAGGGACACUAUAGUCACCAAAACAUCUUUAGCUUACUAUAGCAGUUAUGGUGUAUAGAUCAUGGCUCUUAAAUCUCACUGCUCAAUUAUCUACCAUUUAGGAGUUAAAUCACAUUUGUUUCUGUCUAUUCAGCUCUAGCCACACAUACCCUGGCUGUGAGUGACACAGUCUGCAUGAAAAAAUGGUUUCAUUUUCAAUCAGAUGUUAACUUACUUUAGAAGUCAGUAUCUCCUACCCUAUAAACAUACAGAAGGCUACUGCAAGGUCUAGCAAGCUAUUAACAGUGCAGGAGAUGUCAUUCUACUUUAACCCCUUAAGGACACAUGAUGGAAAUAUUCUGUCAUGAUUCCAUGUUAUUCCAGAAGUUGUGUCCUUAAGGAGUUAAACAAAACUUGCACAAAGGAAGGGUAAACAUUAGAUCUCACUUUAAGUGUUCAUGCAAGCAGGGGAAUGUGACUAGGGCUGCAUAAACAGUGUGAUUUAACUUCUAAAUGACAUAGAUUUGAAUAGUAUGACUGCAGAGUAUGCUUUAUACACCAAAACUGUUUCAUAAAGCUAAAGUUGUUUUGGUGACUAUAGUAUGUCUUUAAGUCUCAAUGUAUAUUUAUUGUGGUGCUUUAAAGGAGGAAGCAUGACAAAGUCACAGUUAAAGUACUGCAUAUCCAAGUGGGCAGUAUAUGUGUAGAUCAAAAAGUAAUUUUUCUUUAUGUUGGUAUACGUCCGUUGCCAGAUGUAGUAAGCUCUUUAGCAAGAAAAACUACAAUUUAUUUUUCUAUUGAUUUUGAAUUUUUUGUUACUAAACACUUUUGGAAGCACAAAUAUUUUGAGAUAUGAGUAUAUGCUCAGUGCAUGCCUAUCCGUAUUCACAGAUUAAUUGUCCAACCUCACAUUUCUUAUUUACAGCAAAAUGGAAGAGAUCCUUAACUUUAGUGAGUGCCAAACAAAUCUAAAGGAAGCUGUACUAGUGGACUAUUAUGUAUCUGGAUUCUGGUGGGGAAAAGAGAGAAAUUUUACAUCCCUACAGCUAGCAGGGUUCAUGGAGUUACUACAUAAUCUAAUGGACAAUCUUGAAAGUAAGUAGAUGAUCAAUGGACAAAACAGACAAACAAAAGCAAAUGCUAGUUCUGUAUGUAUAAGUGUAUCUUCCUGACAUUAAUAUCCUUGUUUAUGGUCAAAGUCACCAACACGAAAAUCUAAGAUGUUAAAGAGAAUGGCCAGUAUUACUGGUUCUUAGAGUGGGCCAGGCUUGUGGAAUGUUAGAGUCACCUAGACCUUUUAAUCUCAGUGAAGUGGUCUGGGUGCAGUGACCCUAUCCUCCUAACCCUGCAAUGUAAAACAUUGCAUUUUUUUCUUCAGUAGAGGCACUUCCGUGGCACUGACAGAGUAAAACAGGUGUGUUCAGAGGCGCUUCCGUGGCACUGACAAAAUACAACAGGUGUGUUCCGUCGACGGGCCACAUGCAGCCCUGAGACGCUUGUCAUCUAGUUGCCAUCUAGGUGGUGAGGGAGGUAGGGGCCAAUUACUUACUGUGCACUCGCUGCACAGCUCCCCCGCGCCCUGCAGUGAGCCGGAACCUGGAAUAUGAUGUCAUCCCGGCAUCGGCAUCGCUACAGGCCGCACAAGGGACCUGUGCAGAAAGAGCACAGAGAUCCCAGAACCAAACACUGGCCACCAGGGAGAGGAUCCACUCCAGCCCUCCCAGAGCAAGGUAGAGGGCCUAGGUGGACCUCUUAAUAACUAAAUGUGUGUAUGAAUAUGAUUAUGAUUUUAUGUGUGUGUAUAAAUAAGUAAUUAUGUGUGGGUCUGUGAUUGUGUGUGUAUGUAUGUGAUUGUGUGUAUAGGUCUGUGGUUGUGUGUGUGGGUCUUUGAUUUUGUUUGUAUGUCUGUGUGUGUAUAUCUGUUAUUAUGUGGGUGUGUGUAUGUCUGUGAUUGUGUGUGUAUAUCGAUGAUUAUAUGUUUAAGUGUAUGGAUGUGGGUGGGUCUGUAUGUGUUUGUGUGGGUCUGUGAUUCUGUGUGUGUGUGUAUGUAUAUCUUUGUGUUUAGGUCUGUGAUAGUGUGUGUCUGGGUCUGUGAUUGCGUGUUUAUGUGUGUGUGUAUGUAUGUGAUUGUGUGUAUAUGUCUUUGAUUGUAUGUAUGUGUGGGUCUGUGAUUGUGUGUAAUUAUGUGUAUGUGUGUGUGAUUAUGUAUAUGUGUGUGUAUGUCUGUGUAUAUAUCUGUGGUUAUGUGUGCAUGUGCGUGUUUAUUAGAUAGCUACCUAGUUUGGUAACCUUAAAUAUGGCAAUCCCACAUAAGGAUAACAAAUAAGUGAGUUCUCUAUGAAACAAUUGAAAUAUAAAAAUUAAGAAAAGGGCUUUUAAAGUUUUAUUACUUAUAUACAUUAACUAUAUUAUAUAUUUGAUGUGUGGCCCAAGACAAUUCCUCUUCACUAAAUGCAGCCCAGGGAAGCCAAAAAGUUGGGCACCCGUAGAGUAAAACUUGGCCACAUGAUUGAUUCAAUGCUUUUCCAUGGGAGAUUUUAAAUGUGAUUGCAGCUCAUGCAUGUUAGGUCCCCUAACAUGCUUCUCUAUGAGGAGAAUUGGAUUGGACAUCGGCAGAGGAGGCCAUGCCUCCUCCGUCACGUUGUGGGAGUCGGAGAAGUAAGUGGUGCUGAGGGAGCCUCGGUACUAAAAAAAAAGGUAAAUAAAACUUUAUUUUAUUACUCUUAUACUGCAAGUAGUUGGCAAAACAAGGGGGAUGGAGUAGCAACAGGGACACUAUAGCAUUAUGAUUAAAGAUUUGUAUUCCUAACGCUAUAGUAUUCCUUUAACAUAUAAGACAGAUCAAGAAUGGUCAAAUAACAAACUGAAGUCAAAGGAGUACAUAGUACCCAAAGGAUGAGUAAGCAAGCCAAGGUCAUGAUAGGAGAGAUCAUAUUAGUCAAUAUGCAAGCCAAUGUUAGAAAUCAGAAUAGUAAAUGACACAUACUAGUGCACUUUUGGGCUACAAGAGACCACGACAGGGCACUAAUCUCUUAAAGUAUAUAUAGGCCGCCUAGCAUCUUAUAUCAUCAGUAUGGGGCCAAAAGGAAUGUUUCUCAUCAUUCUUGAUGCUGAAAUGGUGAACGGCUUUGCAUCUAGCAAGAAACUAACGCUGGUGUGAGGAGGGUACACUGACAAUUAUCAAGCUAGUGACAGAUUGUCUAAGUGACUGUGAACAUUCUGGAUAUGUGACAUUUCCAAGAGUUGUGUAACAGAACUCUCUGGGUUUUUACGUGCAACAAUUUUUAAAACCAUUCUUCAGAGCCAAAAAAGUCGUUAUUGGACCAGCUUUAAAAAUCCCUAAAAUUUUGAAGUAGUUAACUCAUUGUAUACUAUUUUAAGUAAAACAAUGUUUGCUCUGUUGCUCCAAGUGGGAGGGCUUAAAAUAUUGUGAAAUUAUGAUGAAUUAUAAUGAAUCGAGACAGAUGGUUUAUCACCAUUUAUGAUUUAGUAACAUUAAGCAUAAAAUCUUGUUAAAUACUGUAACAAAUAACAUUGUAACCCUUUUCAGAAAUAUAUGAGGUUUGCUGAUUAUAUAUCAAAACAAUUACUUUUUUCUGUUGAGGUGAGAGGAAUGUUAGAAAUUGCUUCAACCGUGGUUUGAAACAACCAUUGCAGUUCAGCAAACUGGAUUAUUCCACAGUAGACCAUUUUAGUCUUCAAGUUCAUCAGACAUCCCAUUCCACAGACUUCAAAAUAGUGCCUAUCACCAAUUAACUGCCCAUUAUACAACAAAUAAAAGAUUGAGAUUACGUAUGUUGUGCGUAUGAUAACAAAUGUUGGCUUGGCCUUGUAUUUCAGGUUGCUGUGUUUGAGUUGGACCAAGAGUUCUAGAUAACAAUUUUCCACCCCCGUAGAACUUCCUUCUGCUGUAAACCAAGUACACUGUGUGGUAUAAAACAGAUUGCAACCUUAUAAGCACAAUUUUAUACCUCCAAUAUUUUUCCAAUUGAAGCUACAAUUAGCUACAGGGUUACUACACAACAUUCGUUAAUAAAUUAUUCAGAACUUGUGUCACCUGUUCUGCAAGUAAGCUGUUUCUUUAUUUCUUUAACUUAAACAUGUACUCAUUAUUAACUAAAAAAGAUUUAAUACUUAAUAUACUUAAUAAAAUAUAUGUAUGUUUGUUUUUUAUUUGGUUUGAUAUUGAUUUUUGUUUUGGCCUUCAAAAAGCACAAUUGAUGACUAACAAGCAGAUUUUUCUGACUCCCCAUGGUGCAGGGCGAGAUUUACAUAUUACAUGACUCUAGGUAUAUAUAUAACUAUAACUAUAAUAUAUAUAUAUAUAUAUAUAUAUAUAGGAAAAUGCAGAUAAAGUGAGGUUAGUUAAUUUAUUAAAUGGACAUUGAAGGCAUAAAAAUAAGUUAAAGCAUAUUUCCAUAUGCUUUAACUGAAUUUUAGACUAGACUAGAGUGGGGUUCAAUUUAGUAUUUGGUUACAGGGGUGUUUAGAAUUAAGUUUAGCAAUAUAGUUGUAUAAGAUUGAGUAUUGGGGUGUAUUGGGUGUUUAGUUUUUAGAGUUUUAUUUUCAGGUUUAGAUUUUGAGAAUUUGUGACUAAGGAAAUGUUUUUUUAUUUAGGCUUUGGGAAGGGUUAAAUUUAGCUCUUUCCCAUGUAUGUUUUCUGUAGUUCUGUCAGCCUCCUAUGAUUGAUUGUUGAGCUGCAGUGGAUGAUAUACAGUUUGCAUCACUGAGUUUAUUGUCCCUGCUCCUCUUGCAAGUAUUUUCCUGUUUGAAAGACUGUUAUUGGACAAAUGGGAAGUUUUCCCUUCCAUUACUGUCCAGUCUCACACACAGACACUGGGGAAGCUGGGGCAGAACUGAGUAUUAUACAUUCUAUAACAGUCCCUGCAGCUUUCUGUGAUCAAGUACAGGAGGUUGACUGGACUACUUAUGAAACUUGCCAAUGCUCCUGGUAUUUAUCUCUCCACUAGCCUAAUUAAGCUCUAAAAAAGGCACAUUACCAGUCCUGAAAACAGGCACCCCCAAAAGGACAUGUACCUACUCUACCUAUUGGGAAAUCUAGCCUUGCAUGGCAGUACUUUCGGCUGAAUUUGGAAUGGCUGAAAUUGUAGAAAAUAGAGGUUACUUUAGUCAGCCAUAGAGCUAUAAGGGCUGAACAAAUCGAGUAUACUGUAAAAAGAAUGAGUAUUUUCAUAGAAUCAUGAGAUGACAAACAUCUAAUGUAUAAGAAUCUGUUUUUAUCUUAAGAGCAAGAAUUCGGGAGUUGGGGAUACUUCAUAUUUUUUUUUAUUGUAUAUUCACUGUAAUAUCCAAUACGAUGUGUUUUUUUCUCUGACUCUGCCUCUUCCCCCCCAACCACUGUCUGUUGACGUCUCCCAAGGUUCUGUCCUUGGUCCCCUACUGUUCUCUAUCUAUACUGCCUGUGGCAAACUCCCCCUUUUAGCUGCAUUUGCCACGAGUUUUUGGAGGGGACUACUUGCCAGCCUUUUAUCCUGUGUGACUAUGGCCCCUUUAAGUUACUGUGGUUAAAUAUGCUAUUUAUGCCUGUUUGGGAUUUUAAACAAUUGUUCUUUAAACUUUCAAAGUGGUUGAAGUGGAAUUUUAAACAACCGAACAGCCGGACCACACACAAGUGGAGUGUGCAGCCAAUUUACCUCCCAGGCUGGGAGUUAACUGCAGCCAAAAUGACUAACGGCUGGGUGGUCACCGUUCAUAUAGUCGAACACAUGGGGGUGGGCAUCUUGUUUAGUCGAACGUGUUUAGCGGUGUUUUGUCGUCGAGUUCAUAGAACUCAAAUUGGACACGCGACAGCACGAACACCGCUGAACUUUACCUUCUCCGGAACUACAAGGGAUUGCUAUGCUCUUCAUAAUCCCUUGAAUAAUCACUAAGCUCUUGUAAGAGCUUGUUCCUGUUCCUGCUUCACUCUCUGGGGAAAGAGAGGAUCACCCACUGGAACCUGGAGCCUUGUGGUAGGUCCAGGGUGGGUAGGCGACUGCGAGACUCCAACCAAGCAUCGGCGGUUUGUGGGGUCUGCAGUGCUUAUGGUGUCAAGUGGAGUGCUUGGAGCCCUCGGGAAGCACUAAGAGCAUCUGUCAACGGACGUACCCAGUCGGGGGGCCAGGCGAUCCGUUACACUGCCUCCCUUGGUAAACUCUUUAGCUUCCGUUAUCAUUUCUAUGCAGAUGACAAGCAAAUCUACCUGUCUUCUCCUAAUCUCUCUCCGCCCAUCUUGACUUGUGUCUCUGACUGCCUCUGCUAUUUCUAACUGGAUGGCUGCCCACUUCCUUAAACUUAACUUGACCAAAACUGAAAUUCUAGUCUUUCCUCCCUCAAGUGUUGCUACUCCUGUGUCUCCCUCCCUCCAAGUCAAUGGUGCUACCAUCAGCUCCACCACGCAGGCUAGGUGUUCUCUUUGACUCCAACCUCUCCUUCACGCCUCAUGUUCAGUCUAUCGCCAAAUCCUGUCGUUUCCAUCUCAAAAACAUUGUGUGCAUCCGCCCCUAUUUAUUGCUGGAUGCGGCUAUGGUGCUGGUCCAUGCUGUUGUUCUCUCUCGCCUUGACUACUGCAAUCCCCUUCUCAGUGGUCUUACGUGUUCCCAGAUUGCACCGCUGCAAUUUAUAAUGAAUGCGGCGGUGAGGCUCAUUUUCCUGUCCACUCGCACCCCCCACGCCUCCCCACUCUGACAGUCCCUGCAUUGGCUUCCAGUUAGAUAUAGGGCUCAAUUUAAAAUUCUGGUGCUUGCUUACAAAUCCCUACAUAAUGCUCCUCCAACCUACCUAUACUCCCUGAUAUGCAGGUACAUCCCGUCGAGGCCCCUGCGCUCUGCUAAAGACCUAUGUCUAUCCUCUAUCCGUAUUCCCACCUCUGAUGCUCGCCUCUAAGAUUUCUCCAGGGCUGCACCUCUUCUGUGGAACUCCCUUCCCUUCUCUGUAAGACUUUCACCCAGUCUCCACUCAUUCAAAAAUCAUUGAAAGCAUAUCAAUUAAACUCUUAGCAGGAUUUUAUACCACACCCCCCAUGACUCCUCUCCUGCAACUGUCAAAAAAUUACCUACUAAGCCCUCUGUGAAUACUUUUCUAACAACCUACUUCGUAUCCCUACUUUUACCCUUUGUGUCACUAUACCCCACCCCCUCUAGAAUGUAAGCUCAUUGACCAGGGCCCUCCACCCCCUCCGUUCCUGUGCGUCCAGUUAUCUGGUUACAAUUACAUGUCUGUUAGUCCACCCGUUGUACAGUGCUACGGAAUCUGAUGGCGCUAUAUAAAUAAUAAAAUAAUAAUAAUUGUUUUGUUGAAUAUUUUGAACUCAUUGAUUACAGCCUUGAUAAAAAUGUUUAAACUAAAAAGGUUUGAUCUAUUCAAAGGCACCAUUUGGAGCUUGUAUAGAAAAACAUUAGGGUCAAUUCACAAAUGCCCUGAAAAAGCAAUUAAAUGCCAUUCUUGAAAAAUAUAAUUUCCUGUAUUUUGGAAGAACCUUUCUUAAAUGUCUAGACAAUUUGCAGUUUUUCUAUAGAAUACUAUACUUAAGUUUAAGAAAAAAUGUAAAGAUUUAAAUACGGUGAAGCAACAUGCAUUUGUAUAUUCUACAAGAAAUGGCCCUCUUGUAAAGGUGAAACUAGAAAUACAAGUUAUAUAUUUUUUUAAACAUUUUAUGCAUAGCUUGCACAGAAAGUUAGACAAAUCAGCAUUUUUGUGUGUUGAUUCUGUUCAAAUAUACUUAACUUAAAUGUUGUACAAAUACAGAAAUAAUACAGAAACAUUGUAUGGAAAUAUUGCUUUCUAGCAAUGAGGAGGAUUGCUUGUUUUGCAAUAAGACUUAAAGCUUCUUAAACAAUAGCAUAGAAACACAAAUACUACUUUGGAACAUUCAGCUAAUGUGGUCAAAAUGCAAAUAUAUAUUUCUAUAUCUAUUUUUUACAUUCACAAGAAAUAAACUGAAAUUUUAAUAACUGCACCAUAUGUGCACUACAUAAUUUUAGUUUUUAUCUUUCAAUUAAAAUGUAAUUCACAGUUAUUGAAUAUUUUUGACAUAUUUUUUUUUCCAAUAUGGAAUAUGGAAUCACUGUUCCGCUUGUAUAACACAUAUUUUGUCUUUGUAAGAGUUGGUUUUAUUCAUUUCCAUCAUGAAAUGAUCAGUGGUAAAGCUAGUCUGUUAUAUUUUAGAAUCACCUUUUCUUCUCAUUUCAGCACGGCAUGUGACACUUGAAGAGAACUUAAUAGAACUGUCAAGAACCAUGACUGGCAUAGGAAAAAGUCACCUUACUAGAAAAGGAAGCCUUAAUUUCUUCACUGUUGAACAAGCUAAAGAUAUCAUCGACUACUUGAAAAUCAGGUACUGUAUAUUUCUUAUAUUUCUGAAUAAUCUUGAUAACUUCAGACGUCCGUUGUUCAGAAAAGACCGUAUUUUUCAGGCUUUGAAGCUAAACAUACCCCAAUAUAAAAUGUCUUUUAAAUUAGGGAAAUUCUCAGCACCUGCAAAUCUGUAGGUAGAGUGCUACAACUUCUUAAUAUUAAAGGGACACUGUAGUCACCAAAACACCUUUAGCUUAAUGAAGAAGUUUUGGUGUAUAUAUCAUGCCCCUGCAGUCUCACUGCUGAAUUCUCUGCCAUUUAGGCUUUUUUUUUCUCAUUCAUAAUUUUUAUUGAAUUUGAUAAAACAAAGGGAUGUGGGAUACAGAAAUAGAAAAAGAGAGGGGGAGGGUAAUGGGUAACAUCAUGAUACCAUUUAACAUUUUGUACAAUAUUGUUUAAAUCUCAUAUACAUAGUAUGUAUAUUGUAUGUGAUGAUAGCGAGGUCUCAUGUGAAGGUAACUGGGUGGUCCCUCUUUCAACAAAUAGUGAGUUCGGUGUUAGUGGUUGGGUAUUGGCAGAGGGAGGGGGGUAGGGUGGGUAACCCGGGGGUUUACAACAUUUCCUGUCAAUCUAUGAUAACUUUUCGUGUAACAUUGUACGUACGUCAUCAUAUGUGGUGUCACCUAGUUGUCUUGUGGGUGUGGUUCGACAUGUGUGAAGCCUCCUGUGUAUCUCCUCUGUGCGUGUGUGCACCUUUAUUUUGGGGUUUGGGGGUGCUGCUUGGUCUUCCCAAGUGAGUUUUGUCGGUCGUCACUGUGUGGUGUAUAUGUCGAACCAUGGUUCCCAUGCCUCUUGAUGUUUUUGUGAUUGUUUAGUGGAAGUAGUGGACAUUCGUUCAUAAAUAUGGUAUUGGUGGAUUUUGUCCAUUAGUUGUUGUCUGGUGGGGCAGGUGGUCUGUUUCCACCUGUUCGCUAUGAGGUUUCUUGCUGCUAGUAUGAUUAUCAUCACCACUUGUUUACAGGGUUUGGUCAUGGAGGUGGGAAGAAACAGAAAUAAGCUGACUAAGGGGUCGAGGGUAAUAUUAUUGAUAUUUAACGACUUGAGGAUGCCUUUAACAUGGCCCCAGAGGGGUGCCAAGACUGGGCACUCCCACCAGAUGUGAAUCAUUGUGCCUUUUGCUUCUCUGCAUCUCCAGCAUUCUGCUGGAACUGUUGGGUAGAUCUUGUGUAAUUUGCUAGGUGUUAAGUACCAUCUAUAGACCAGCUUCCUAUGAGCUUCUAUGUGUGAGUAGCAAUUGGUAAUACCUUUGAGUGCGUUGAGGGAUUUUAACCAGUCAUUACCAGAUGGCGAGGAUGUGUAUUCUGUUUGCCAUUGUUGUACAUAGGUAGGGGAUUUUGCGUCGGUAUUGCUCAACAGUAUGUUAUAACAUAGAGAUAAUGUCUUGGGUUUUGUGGGUGAAAGCCAGCAGCGAUCAUAUAUAGGGUCUAAUGGGUAGGGGUUGGAGAGUGCUAUAUCAGAUUUUGUGAGUAUUUCGUAGGUGGCAAUGCUUUUUAGUUGGAGGUACUGGAAGAUGGAGGAGUUAGGUAGUUCGUAUUUUUGUUGGAGGUCAGGGAAAGACACGAGCUGUUGGUUUUGGUACGUGUCUGCUAUGUGUUUAAUGCCAUGCUUUUACCAGGAAUUCAUCGUCAACCCCGAGGCUAAGAAGUUCAGAGGUGUUAUUGGGGCUCGUGGGUGGAACUUGUUGAUUUUUUGUUUUGUGUGGUGUAAGGAUUCCCAUUGUUUAAUAGUAAGAACCGAGGUAUUGAACAAGUGAGGCAUGCUUGGUCUAAUUUGUGCAGGUGUCCAUAGUAUCGUUACCAGGGAGUUUCCAGGUGCCCUAGCAUGUUCCAUGUCCGCCCAUUGGAAAGUCCCCUUGGGGCGUGAAGUUUAAUCGCAGCCUCCAGGAGGGACGCCUUAUGAUAUUUAGAUACAUCUGGGAAUCCCAAUCCACCUUGUUCUGGACGUUUCUGGAGGAGUGACAUAGAUAGACGUGGUCUGUGUGACUCCCAGACGAAGGAGGAGAUUUUGGAUUGAAGAUGCUUGUAAAACAUCGGUUUGACGUAAAUCGGCAGCAUCCUAAAUUUGUAGAGAAGUUUAGGGAGAAGCAUCAUCUUUACUGAAUUAAUUCUUCCAAGUCAGGAGAGCUUUACCGCUUUCCAUUGUUGGAUGUGCGUUUUGCAUAGAGGUAUUAGCGGUUUAAAGUUCAGGUCAAAUGCGUAUGUGGGGGUAGGGCCGAGUUUUACUCCUAGGUAAGUGAUGUCGGUAGUUCUCCAAUCAAAGGUGUGGGAUCGUUUAAGCUGUGUUUUCAAUGAGCUUGGUAGGUUUAUUGGGAGAACUUGUGUCUUGCCUUGAUUAAGCUUAUAGUAGGAUAGUUGUCCAUAUUGGUGAAGUAGGUCUAUUAGCACCGGGACUGACUUUUCAGGUUCUUUUACUGUGAGCAGGAUAUCGUCUGCGAACAUGGAGAGGCAAAAUGUGCGGUUUCCUAUGUCUAUACCUUUGAUCAUGUCAUGUUGCCUAAUUUUAGCUGCUAAAGGUUAUAGGGAUAGGAUAUACAGUAGUGGUGAUAGGGGGCACCCUUGUCUGGUUCCGUUGGUGAUGUGAAAAGGUGUGGAAAGAAAGCCAGAGUUGGAUACUCUUGCUUGUGGGUCAUUGUAAAGGACCAUGAUGCCUGCGACAAGGUCAUCUGGGAAACCGAAUUUGCGGAGGACUUGUUGCAUAUAUUCCCAGUUGACCCUAUCGAAGGCCUUUUCCGCAUCCAGUGCUAGGAUUAGUCCUCGGGUGCGUGUUUCAUGCAUGUGUGCCAGUAUAUUCUGUCUUCAUGUGUGCCAGUAAAUAUCGUGCAAAAGUUCAUUUAUUUCAGUAAUGCAACAUAAAAAGGGAAACUAAUAUAUGAAAUAGACGCAUUACAUGCAAAGCAAGAUAGUUCAAGCCGUGAUUUGUCAUAAGUGCGAUGAUUAUGGCUUACAGCUCAUGAAAACCCCAAAUCCACAAUCUCAGUAAAUUAGAAUAUUACAUGCAAUCAAUAAAACAAGGAGUGUACAUAGAAUAAUAUCGGACCUCUGAAAAAUAUAAGCAUGCAUAUGAACUCAGUACUUGGUUUGGGCCCCUUUUGCAGCAAUUACUGCCUCAAUGCAGCGUGGCAUGGAAGCUAUCAGCCUGUGGCACUGCUGAGGUGUUAUGGAAGACCAGGAUGCUUCAAUAGUGGCCUUCAGCAUUGUUCAGUCUCAUGUCUCUCAUCUUUCUCUUGGCAAUGCCCCAUAGAUUCUCUAUGCGGUUCAGGUCAGGCGAGUUUGCUGGCCAAUCAAGCACAGUAAUCCCACAGUCAUUGAACCAGGCUUUGAUGCUUUUGGCAGUGUGGGCAGGUGCCAUGUCCUGCUGGAAAAUGAAGUCAGCAUCCCCAUAAAGUUUGUCUGCGGAAGGAAGCAUGAAGUGCUCCAAAAUCUCCUGGUAGACGGCUGCGUUGACCCUGGACUUGAAGCACAGUGGACCAACACCAGCAGAUGAUAUGGCUCCCCAAAUCAACAUAGACUGUGGAAACCUCACACUGGACUUCAAGCAUCUUGCAGUGUGUGCCUCUCCAUUCUUCCUCCAGACUCUGGGUCCUUGGUUUCCAAAUAAUAUGCAAAAGUUGCAAAAGUGGACUUUGGACCACUAAGCAACAGACCAGGUAUGUUUUUCUUUAGCCCAGGUAAGAUGCGUCUGACGUUGUUUGUUGUUCAGGAUCGGCUUGACAAGAGGAAUACGACAUGAAGCCCAUGUCCAGGAUCCAUCUGUGUCUGGUGGCUCUUGAUGCACUGACUCCAGCCUCAGUCCACUCCUUGUGAAAGUCCCCAACACUUUUGAAUGGCCCUUUCCUGACAAUCCUCUCCAGGCUGCGAUCAUCCCUGCUGCUUGUGCACCUUUUUCUUCCACACUUUUCCCUUCCACAUUACUUUCUUUUAAUGUGCUUUGAUACAGCACUUUGGGAACAUCCAACUUCCUUUGCAAUUACCUUUUGAGGCUUUCCCUCCUUAUGGAGGGUGUCAAUGAUGGUUUUCUGCACAACUGUCAGGUCAGCAGUCUUCACCAUGAUUGUGAUUCCUACUGAACCAGACUGAGAGACUAUUUAAAGGCUCAGAAACCCUCUGCAGGUGUUAUGGCUUACAUAGCUGAUUAGAGUAGGACACUUUGAGCCUAGAAUAUUGCACAUUUUCACAAUAUUCUAAUUUCCUGAGAUUGUGGAUUUAGGGUUUUCAUGAGCUGUAAGCCAUAAUCAUCGCACUUAUGACAAAUCACGGCUUGAACUAUCUUUCUUUGCAUGUAAUGCGUCUAUCUCAUAUAUUAGUAUCCCCUUUUAUGUUGCAUUACUGAAAUAAAUUAACUUUUGCACGAUAUUCACAUUUUUUGAGUAUCACCUGUAUAGUCGGGAGAAAGCUUUCGCGGACUGGUAAUAAAGUCUUGAGGAACGGCGCUGGUCCGCGACUGCUAUGGGCCUCUGUGAUACCUUGCAGUUGGUGUGGGACCAUGUGACCAAUAACCAAGUCUAUCAGCCUAUCAGCCAUCUACCACGGUCUGUUUCACCUGCUUAGAGGUAUGUAUGUAUGGUGUUCUACAAUCUUCUUAUGUACUACGGCAGUUCUGCAGGGAUGAUGUUCUGAGGGACGCCCCUGAUUUUUACAUUCUGGUGUCUGUGCCUGCCUUCCAUGUCUUCUAGGCGUUGAUUGAGUAAGCUCUGCCCAUGUGGCCUCUAAUGCAGUGUAACAUGAAGUAAGGUCUUGCUUAUCUUCCUCCACCGCCUAAACACAGCCUUCCACAGUAUGAAUCUCCUCUCACUUUGGCGAGGACAACUGCAAAAAGCUGUUGAAUGGUGCGAAAGAGACUUAUAAUGUCCCCUUAAGUGAAGGGUGGAAGGCAGCUCAUUGUCCUCAUCAGAGGAUGAGUGGUGCAGUUCACCUGUAGUUGGAAUCUCGUCCAGCGUGUCUAGUGCCUGUUUCUCAGAGGAGGCCGAAAAUUAAUCGCCAUUUUCUUUUGGCGGGAAGGCUUCAGGGACCUUGGCAGGUCAGAGCAGAAGAUCUCUUAUAUCUCAUAUAUCCUCGGUACAGGAAACUUUUACAGGUCCCUGGCAUCUGGACUUCUUCACUAUUCUUGUGAGUGGCUUUUUAUUGCUUUUUGGUGUAAGAAUAAAACGUUUUAGUAGGCUAAAACAAGCUUAGUGUCUCUGAGCUCUACUGCAACAGUCUGAGCUAAUCAUAGGUUCAUCUGCUGCUUUGUUAAUAGCCUCCUAGACCCUGCAGGAGCCUCCUGAGUGUGAUUAAAGUUAAAUUUACAGAGCAGGCGAUAAAAACGUCUAAAGCAAGUUAACAUCUGAUUGAAAAUAAAGCAAUUUUGUUCAUGCAGUCUGAUGGAGUCACAGACAGGGGAUGUGUGGCUCGGACUGCAUAAACUAAAACAAAAGUGAAUUAACUAUUAAAUGGCAGUGAAUUGAGCAGUGAGACUGCAGGGGCAUGAUCUAUACAGUAAAACUGCUUCAUAAAUCUAAAGUUGCUUUGUUGCCUAUAGUUUGACUUUAAAGAAACACUGUAGGUACUGUCUGAUGUUCUCCUUUCAUUGAGCGUUAAACAGUUUUUUUUAUGUUAACAUGUAUUAUGGUAAACAAGAAUUCCCAGCAGUUUAGUGUUAAACAGCACAAAAAUGGUUUAACACUGAAUUGAGGGACAGUGCCAGAGGACUUCAGGCACUACAAACAAAUCACAUAUAUUAAAUGAUUAUUAGUAAUUACAGUGUCCCUUUAAUAAGACAAUUGCCAUCUUGCAUGAAUAUUCUUCUUGGGCGAGGAUAGGAUUGAUUUUAUAACAUUCCUGUUUAAAUAUGGCUUUUAUUGCAGUGCUAUAUAUCUAUAUUGCUUUGUUAUGGCACUAUUCUGAAAAUUCUUGCAUUGAUCUUAGCACAUUUCCUUCUCUUUAUAACAGCGUGCUUCAGUUUGAAUAUAUGGUCCAAGCUUCUUCUGAGAGAACUUGCCUAUGUAAUAGAAAUAAUAUUCCUGAGAACAAUUAAAUUUUAGGUUGUUCUUCAUGUAAGGAUUACUCUUGUGCGUGACUCGGAUAUUUACAAUUUGCUUAUUUAUAUAUAAUAUGACUUAAUCAUAGUUAAUAUUUUUAAGUUGAGAAGUGCUGCAUUUUUUUCUUUUUUCUUUUUUUAAAUAUGUCUUUCUUUAUUUUUCUCUUUUUCUCAUGGUCAUAACCAAUGCUGAGUAUAGGAAAAAGAGCACAAUUAACCAAGGCUGAUGUAAUACAACACCACAUGUACAAAAUGCAUAAUUUAAACCUUCUGUUAAUCAACCUGCCUCAGAAAAAUCACUUUACAAAAUGGACCCUCCUUCUAAAUAGGUUUAUUACAUUUACAAUUUGAUACUUGCUCUUAAAUAUAUUUGGAUAUGGGCCAAGUGCUGCAUCUCAGAGUUAUUGUCUAAUAAAUCUGACACAGAGAUUACAUUAAUUAUAAGUAUACUACCCAAUGUAAUGCAUACUGCUGCCUUGUAAAGUCAUUAUAUUCUAUGUUAUGUGAUAUUAGCAUGACAUCCUGUUACCCACUGACCUUGCGAGAUUGAUGACGAAUUUUCAGUUUGGAAAAUAAUUGGGGGUGGGGGACAGAUUCUGUUAGAUUACAGUUAAAUAUGAAUGUUCUAAAGCUAAACUGUAUUCAUUUAAAAAUAAUUAUGACAUAAUAACUAAAUAAACCUAAUUUUUACUAAAUACAUUUAACUUUUCUAAAACAAUACAUAAAACUACAACAUAUAUUAGAAAGAAAUGCAUAUCUUUUUGCCAGGUUAAACAAAUUAUUUACAUUAUAUAAUUAUUUGCUGGUGUUUUUUUUCCAGUUUUUUGUUACUUGCUAUCCUGGACAGCAGCGUACUAAACUGGGAACGUGGCUGUGGUGGGAGAAGUCUAUUUCACCUGACAGAAGGCAGGGGGCUCAACAGUGCAACCCCCUCCCACCAUAUUAGGCAUCUCCCCUGACUGGCAAAUUGCUUUAGAGAGGCUGCCAUGCAUGUUUUAUGUAGUUCUGGAGCGGGCAACGAGGCUGCUAAUGGGAUUCUUCUGCACUGAUUUCUAAGCUCCCUUGCAUGCUUCGUACUGUGCAUCUGUAUGUGAAUGUAAAUAUGUGCGUGUGAUUUAACUAACCAAUUUACAAAAAGGAGUUUAUCAGUUUAUCAUAAAAAUCUAUUUUUACCACGUGCCACAAAACAUAGGUACGCUUCUUACCCUAGACUCUGAGCUGAGGAACAGUGACCAGGGUGGGACUGGGACAGUACGUAACUGUCUCACUCCGGGACUGAAACACCAAGCGGACACUCCAGUGGUGUCUGGGGCUUAACCCCUAGUUUCAAAGUAAGAGUGACAAUGCUCUAUUUAUUGGAGUAAAACUCCACAAAUAUGUGUCAACUGGAAGAAAUUAGCGAGAAAUUAAUGAAAAAUGGUAAUAUUUACAUGUACCUAUUCCCCUUAAAGUCUCCAUAAAUAUAUAGAACGUCAUUCAGAAAAAAAGUGUCCUAAGCCCAUUGGCUAAACCUCUUAUGACUCUAUCUUGAAUGUUCCUGUUAACCAGAAUUUGGACUUUAAUCAAUAUGGUCUAUAGCUGGAGUAGGAACUUAAUGAUCAAGUGAGUGAUAGUCUAGGUAUUUCUCUCAUGGACGUAGCCUCUGUAAUUGGUUGAUAGAGUAUUACUCAAGAGAUAGGGAGAAUUGGUUAUGUAUGCUUUCUCCUAAUAAUCCCUUAAAAUAUGGUAGAGCGCUCAGUAAUCAUAGUAUAAAAGGUGGGAUUGAAUGCAUGUGUCAGCUAACUGUAACAACGUUCAACUUCUUUGGUAACGAUUUAACAGUAAUAUUGUAUUGUAACCAUUGAUAUUCUUAAAAAGACCUAUGAGUCAACUUAAUGACUAGUAGCUAAAAUAGCCAUGUGUGAUCUUGUAUCAAAGAGUAUACAGAAACAAUGUAUAGCUGGCAUGCAGCCAAAUGCUGAGUGUCACCCUAGACGCUGUACUGAAUAUCAUAGAGGAAAGCUAUAGGAAGGGCAAUGUCUUGUGAUAAGGAAUACUGAUUGCAAACAAAGAGGGAUCCGCACUCUCAUCACUUGUAGACCUCGGUGCAUUGUACUUAGGGCUGGCAAACCCUCAUUCCAUAUAGUGAAGACAAUGUAAUCCAGGCGCUCAGGGUCUUUUUCAAACAGCAGUUUCAAACACAGCAACGUUUCGAUUCACACUCGGAUCUUUGUCAAGCAGCGUGUUUCUUCAGUAAAACUACUGUUUGAAAAAGACCCUGAGUGCCUGAACUAUUUUGUCUUCACUUGUGAUAAGGAACAGACUCUAUAAAAUAGGUUUGUUACAAGCAAUUACGGCAUUGGAUGGAUUUAAUUUGGGCAUGCCUGAUCUAGGUUGGAAUAUGUCAUAAUACUUGACAUGCGAGUAAAUGCAUUACUCUUCGGUUUCUUCUUUACUAAACUUCAUCCUAUCAAAUACAAAACACUGAAUGACCUAAGUAAAUGUUGUUUCUGUGGUAUUUAGAGUCGCGUACCCGCUGUAUUUAAAAAAAUACUCUCUGAGCAAUUUAGUCUUUUAUUUUCUCUGUAAUUUGCUCUAUAGUGAUUGCAAAUACCGGGUACACUUUCAGCUAACGUUGAAACAGCUUCCAGAAUCCACAGGGACAUCAAAAUACCAUGAAAUCUGCUUUUUUUGGAAAUUGUAGGGAACUCCCCCUUUGUUGAGCAUACUAUUUUUCAAUUAUUAUUAUCAUUACAGUUUAGACUAUAAGAAAUUAUUUAUCUUUUUCAAAUCUGUAAAUAUUACCUUAAAUAAUGGCAGUCUUUUUUUGUUUUAUACUUCUAGCUUAUUUCAACACUACAGGCUUUAUGAAUACAUGUUCAAGUUCCCAAGAGAUGAAAUGGUCAUAUGUGCACAGGUAUGUUUGUGAAAUAUCCACGUAAAAUACAUUUCUAGACAAAAUGUGAAAACUCAGACAUACCAUCAAUAUGGCGCUCCUAAAAAAAGAGGUGCAUCAGGAUUAAUAAAGAGUGUUUAGAGGGCAUUGGGCAAAAAAUGGGGACUGUCCUUUCUUAAAUAGGGACACUUUGGAGGUAUGCUGCAUUUAGGAUGUACUUGGAAACCAAAGAAUAUCUGAAUGUACCUUUCCUGGUGAAACACUUUUUUAUUAUUAUUAUUAUUAUUAUUAUUAUUAUUAUUAUAGAAUUCAGCAUAGAUAUUUACUCUAGUUAAUUUGAUCACCCUUUUGCAAUUAAAGAAGGAUUUUACAUCUUAAUGUAAAAUGUAACCAUGCAGAGAGCCACAGGAUUCAACAGGAUUUAGGAUGACUACCAUAGAUAAAUCAUUUGUAACAGUUUUCUGACAGAUUUUGAUAGUUUAUCCAAAACUGUUAAAUCAAGGCCAUAGUGUUUGUAUCAAAUGUUCAGCAGAAAACUCAAGUCCUGAAAUCAAUAUAGAUUCUCCUAUAUUGAUUCUUCUGGUGAAUGCACAAAUAUAAGUUGAAUUUUGCUCUGCUCUUGCAGUUUUGUUGCCUUUUAACUUAAGAAAUACAUCCUAAUGUGUGCGCUGUAACAUGUAUUUCAUUCACUUAUACAUGGAUGUAUGUUUUCCUUUACCUAUUUACUCAUGUGUAUGUAUGUCUUUAAAAAAAAAAAAUGCUAAUUCCACAAUUGAAAUGUUGACUAUAUGUUAGCUACUUGUAUGAUAUAAAGGAAAACUGUAUUUAACUGUUUACACUUCCCAUGAAUGCUCAACUUUGGGUUAUCAGAGAUCUUAAUUACAGAUGUGUAAAUCAUUAACCAUCUACUAGACACUGUACUAAACUGGUGCUUCCUAAAAAAUCUAAAAAAACCACAACAUAUAAAUCUCAAUGCAAAGCUGCUCACUACACUGGUAGUGUAACACCUAAAAGUAAACCAAAAACUAUAUGAUCAGUGGAGGGCUUCACAGAUCCUAAAAUAUAAUCCUGGUAUUACAAUUCCAAAACUGUGGAAAACAUACUUAAUUCAAAUUCCCAGUCUACCGUUAAAGUGCAAUAGUGCCACAGCAAAACCAGUGGCGCGUGUAAAUUAUGUAAAACCACAAAUUCCUUUCAAAAGUGCUGUUCCACAGGUCAAUUGAAAAAAAUUAAAUUCCCAAUAACAUAAAAAAUUAUCAAUAUAACAAAAUGAUCUGGUGCAUAAAGCAUCCAAUUUUCAAUUACAUGGAAAAUUAAUUCAUUUAACAAAGUGAUCUAAUCCAUAGACAUAACAUCUUAUACUCAUUAAUGUGCAAAAUGUGCAAUCUAAAACCUGUUGUGCAAAAAUAUGCAAAAUUGUGAGUAUACUUCUCUGAAGUCUUAGAAACAGCCUGCGAUGAACCGUAAGUGAGAAACAAAAAUAGAUACAAUAGUGCAGAUGGUACAAAACUAAAAUAUACAAAUAUAAAUAUAUGGAUCCACUAGUGUGCCCAUGCACAUUUUCCAGAGCCCAAAAUGGCUCUCUAUAAAAUGUAGUGGAGCCAAUAGAGGGUGACUCACUCCCUCCCUCCUUUCAGUGACGAACAGCAAGCACUCUUCCUUUGUGGGUGGAUAAAAGUGCCUACAGUAUGUAGAAGAAAAAAAGGAAAUGUAGUGUUACAUUGCAAAACUAAAUUUAUAAAUGUGAAUAGAUGGUAAAGGUUUCACUCACAUAUACCAGGUGUUUUUACCAGCUACUUUAGCUCCUGCCUUGGAAAGACCUCUCAGUGGUGUGUAAUACAGUCAAUUGAGAAGCCUGUGAUUGGACAGCUAUACACACAUGCAGCCAGUACGUAAUACUUCUCAUUAAGAAGCCUCUGAUUCUGUAUUCCCCAGCACAGAAAAUCUGUGCCGCAGAAGAAUGGGAACCGCAGAUAACUAUUUAUGUAGCUAUUGCACAUACUCCAAAAGAUAAGAGAUUGCACAUACCCCAAAAGAAAACAUGCAAAAAUAGUUACAUGCAUAUUUUUGUUGUGGGUAUGUAUGCUUAAUAUGUAUUAUUUACUUUUUUUUAUUAUAUACAUUGUGUUCCUUUAAUUCUUAAACUUUAGUUUAUAAGAUAGAAGUUUAUAGAGAUGUAAAAUCACAAGCUACAAAGUAAUUUAGCUGGAGGACCGAAACCAGAUUUGGAACAUUGUGUAGGUCUCCCGUAGGGUAACCCAUCUGAGGCUGUCAUUGUUACAUGCGCUCUUUCUAAAUCUCAGCAACAAUACUGUAAGAGUUCAUUUUAGAUUUGGCUUGUGGUUUAAUAAAUGUCAGCAGUGUUACACUCUGAAAUUUCUUUUAUGACUUUAUUCCGAAGUACACUUCAAUCAAAUCCUUGCUACGAAAAACCUUGAUUGGUGAUAUGUUGUAACUGUUUGGAUUGGUAAAUAGUCACUAUUUUAGCUAACUCUGAUUAAGGAGCUUUUCUUCAGUAUAUUGUUUUCCACUGGCAGUAAUUCUUGAUUUUAUUUUCGUAUACACACAUACUUGAGAUUGUGUGUUUUAUUUCUUUUUUGUUGUUGUUACAAAUGGUUUAUUAUUAUUUUAUUAUUUGUUUUAAUGCUUUGAACAUAGGAAUUGUGUAGUAUAUUUACAUAAUUUAAUAAAUCCUAAUAUGUUUGCACUUUUUCUUGUUUCAUCAUCAAAUACUGCUCUACAGGGGUACAGAGUUGUGUGCCUCUUUUUUAGAAUCCCCUUGCUGAAGGAGGGGGAGGAGUGUGGCCGUCAUUGUAGCAAGAUGGAGGUGUAAAUGUUAAUUCAUUCAAAAGAUACCCUGAAAAAAAUAUUAGAGACCCAAUGACCCACUUAUCUAAAAGUAGUUUGUUUGUUUUUUUCGAGUGAGCGUGACUCUCCUUAUGUACUGCACAAAGCAGAAAUUCACGUGUGACAUGCAAAAUAUUUGAGGUACUUCUGCAUGUUGCUUCUGAAAAGACUUCACACCACAAGGAGUAAAAGAAAGACGUAGAAAUAGAAAACAGAACAGCACAUGUUGAGAUCAAGCUAAGGGAACUUGUGGGGCCCCAAAAUAGCCCUGCCGACCAAAUCCAACAGAUGGAAGCACAACUGUAGGCAUGUGUGUCAGGAUUAUAGUUGAUCCAGCGCACAGAAUAGUAUUACACCUAGGACUAAGGAUAACGUCUAACCGGACCUUAGAAUGGCCGUACUUAACGUACCUGAGAAUAGUCAAAAUACUUGCCGAGGUCAGGGACACAGAAAGGGACACAACGAUGUGGAAAGCCAGAAGUCAAGGAAACCAGAAAUUAGGGAAGUCAAAACGAAGCCAAAGUCAAAUACCACAAAAAGGCAAUCAGGAACACACUCACGGAUAACCAGUUAGUAGAAACCACGACAGUGCACUGACAGAAAGGUAAUUUGGGUUUAAAUAACCCUCCUUAGGCUAUAAUUGGCUGUCUCUGACCUCUGACCCCAAAAUAUGCAUGCACGUCUAUUACGUGACGUCACACGCUCAUUGGCGCCAUCUUUGAUGUGGGCGGAGGUAAGUCUCCUAUUAAAACCGGAACCGCAGCGGCCGGCUUCUCUAGGAACACCAUACGUGACCACUAUGUUUGUGCGUUCACGCCGGCAGAAUCACGGGGAGCCGUGCAAUGUGAAAAUAAGCUGAAGGACAUAAAUUGUCAGAAUAACCACCACUUGUGGGGGCUCCUUGAGCAGGGCCGUCUAUAAUAUGAUUAGGACCCUGGGCAAUGCAUUUUCUUGGGCCCCAUGGGCCCUGUCCCUGCCACUGCCUCACCCCCCAAUUACGUCCAACCCGCAAUCACACUGACAGACGUACUGGCACAUACACACACAGACAGACAUUAAAACAUUCACAGAUACAUACUGACACACACAGUCACUACACACAAAUAUAUACUGGCAGACAUACUGACACACACACAGACAUACAUACAUACACAGACACAUACAUUAACAGAUAUACUGACACACACACAAACACACAUACACUGACAGAUAUACUAAAACACACAGACACAUACACUGACAGACACAUUGACACACACACACAGGCAUACUGACAUACAUAUAUACACACACACACACAGGCAUACUGACAUAUACACAGACAGACGUAAUGGCUGAUACAGACAGACAUUAAACAUUCACAGAUAUAUACUGACACACACAUACGCUGACAUACAAAUAUAUCCUGGCAUACAUACUGACACACACACACACACAGACAUACAUACAUACAUACAUACACACAUACACAUACACUGACAGACAUACUGACUGACACACACAUACACAGACAUACUUACAUACACACACACAUACAUACUGACAUACACACAGACAGACGUACUGGCACAUACACACAGACAGACACACACAGACAUACUGACACACACAUACAGACAUACUGACAUACACACAGACAGACGUACUGGCACAUACACACAGACAGACAUUAAAACAUUCACAGAUACAUACUGACACACACAUACACUGACACACAAAUAUAUCCUGGCAGACAUACUGGCACACACGUACACACACACACACACACAGAGACAUACCUACAUACACACACACAGACAUACUGGCAUACACACAGACAUACUGACACACACACACACACACACACAGACAUACACACACAGACAUACUGGCACACACACACAGACAUACACACACAGACAGACCUACUGACAUACAUUUAGCCACCCUCCAGGUUCUUACCUUUUCCUGGAGGGUGGUUUCCCUGGUCCAGUGGCAGGCUGAGGCAGAUGGGAGUCUCCUCUUGAACUCCCCUCCUCCCUGCCUUCCUCCUCCCGCGCGGCUAUCUCCGGUGGGAGGAAGUGACGUCACUCCUCCCAGCCGGCUGCAGAACCGGAAGAGGGGCCCGGUCGCGCUGUUUAAGCGCCACAGCGCCCGACCGGGCCCCUGCUGACACAUGCUCCCCGGUCGGCUCUUAGUGCAUGGGCCACCCGGGGAGCCUCCUCAGUGUGCGGGAGCCGCAAAUCGCGGGGCCCACAGAGCAGCUGCUCUGGGCCCCCAGGAGCAACUGGGCCCCGCAACUGCCCCGUUUGCCCCGCGUUAAAGACGGCCCUGUCCUUGAGUCAGUCACUAAUUCUAUGCUAUGUGCUUUAUUUUUAAAAUAGUCUCCCUUAAUAUUCUUCAAACAAUGCUUAAUUUAGACAGAAUCACAGAAACAUAUUGCUAUAAAAACAUUAUCUACUCUGUACAUGCUUCUGAAAAGGAAAUUGUUUCCUCUUAGGCAUAAUCAUGGGAAAGAGACAUCAUGUAUACCAUUUGAUAAGGACUAAUUGACCAGAGUCUUGCAGAGACCUUAGCUAUUACAAAGGGAGCUUCAAAAAAUGGGGGGAAAUGCAUGACCAUUCUAGAGAUGGAGCAACCCAUCUUUUCUUCUGUAUUGGAAACUAGUUGUGGACACAAUGGGGAUAUCCACUGGAUUAUCUUUAUCAAUUAAAGUGGAAUACUUCCUGUUAUUCUUGCUCCACAGUGGGAUCCCUAAACCACAACUAACAUUUAUUUUAAAUGUUACUGCAGUCAUUAAUACAGUAUAUGUGAGGAAUUGGACAAACUCUAGCAAGAAUAUACAAGUGCAGCUCAACUGCAUAUACAGUUGCAAGAAAAAGUAUGUGAACCCUUUGGAAUGAUAUGGAUCUCUGCGCAAAUUGGUCAUAAAAUGUGAUCUGAUCAUUAUCUAAGUCACAACAAUAGACAAUCACAGUCUGCUUAAACUAAUAACACACAAAGAAUGAAAUGUUGCCAUGUUUUUAUUGAACACACCAUGUAAACAUUAACAGUGCAGGUGGAAUUGUCUAACAUGGCAACAUUUCAUUCUUUGUGUGUUAUUAGUUUAAGCAGACUGUGAUUGUCUAUUGUUGUGACUUAGAUGAUGAUCAGAUCACAUUUUAUGACCAAUUUGUGCAGAAAUCCAAGGGUUCAUAUACUUUUUCUUUCAUCUGUAUGAAAAACUAGCUCAUAAACAAUCCAAAAGGGGCAACACUUGAAUGAGAACCAGGGACAUGUGGGACUCUAUCCUUGUUAAACCAAGUUUAUGAUUCACCCAGACAGAUCAUGUAGCUACCACUAACCUUGGCUGGUAAAGUAAAAUGAUGGAGACCAAGAUAUUUCUCCUGCCUGUCAUCUGUUUGGAUUGUAAACCAAAGAAAAAAUAUUCGAGCACAUAACUGCAGACUUUUUUUUAAAGCUGAACAGGCAACAUUAUGGCUUACACUGGAGCUUUUCUCAAGCCACAUCUUUUUUUAAUGGCAUGGUGUGAUAGUCCUUUUUGUUUCUUUUGCGCUUUUUACUUGCAAGUUGGAAUCCCGGCAGGGUUGACUCAGCCCUUCAUCCUUCCAAGGAAGAUAAAAUGAGUACCAUUACAUUGGGUAAUAGUAACAACCCCAGGAUGUUGGGCUAAGGUAACAUCCCCAGGACGUACUUGAAAACCAGAGUAAUCUGAAUGUGCCUUUCCUGGUUAAGCCCUUAACGCUGAUGGACGGACGAGGUCCGUCACAGAGGGGAGACCCAUAAUGACGAAUCUCGUCCGUCACGCGGUAUGAUUAACCCCAGAUCGCCGCGAUCGCGGGGUUAAUGGUGCUCCGGUAUGCCUCUGUAUUAGAGGCAUACCGGGAGCACCCGGUCAGGCUGCCCAGCACAUGUGCUCGCUCUGAACAUGUGCUCUGUAUACGUACCUUCCGGCUCCCUGCACUUCCUGGUUCUGUGUGAAGUGCAGGGAGCCGGAACAGUGCUGAUCCUGCCCCCUGCUGGAAAAAAAAAGAGUUAAUUUAAAGUCCCACCCCCCCUUUACCCAUUUUAAUAAAAAAUUAACACCUUCCCUGCCAAUUGAUCACUGACUACAAUGAUCAAUUGGCAGGGAUUACAUUUUACUAUGAUCUGAUUUUUUUUUUAACCCCUCAGGGGUUAAAUUUAUUUAAUUAAUUAAAAUAUUUUAAAAUUAUAUAUUUAGCUAGCUGGGGUGGGUGGAAGUUAGUGGGGAAUUGGGGGAUUUGGCGUUAGGCCAACUAGGGGUUAACGUUAAAAGUUUUAAAAUAAACUUUAAAAAGUUAAAAAUUACGCUUAAAAAAAGUAAAAAAUACAAAAAACACCCCCCUUUACCUAGUCCAAAUCAAAAUUAACCCCUUCCCUGCCAGUUGAUCACUGCCUACAGCAAUCAAAUACAGAUCACAGUAUUAUACUGUGAUCUAAUUUUUUUUAACCCCUGAGGAUUAACUUUUAUUUAUUUUUUACCCCUUGGGGGUUCAAUAUAUUUAAUUAAUUAAUUAAAAUAUUUUAUAACUAUAUAUUGUGCUACCUGGGUUGGGUGGGAGUUAUAGGGAAUUUACUGUUAGUGCUGCUUACUGCUAGUUAGGGGUUAACGGUAAAAAGCUUAGAAAAAUGUUAAAUCUGUAAAAAAGUUUUAAGAAAGUUUAGGAAAGUUUAAAAAAAAAUUAAUACGCAAAACAAAAGUUUAAAAACUAGUUUUUAAAAGUAAAAAAGUUAAAAAAAGGAAAAAAUACAUAUAAAAACGCUCAUUACCACUACACCUGGAACAAACUAGAGAAAAAAUUAUCCCACGCCAAGGUCCAAAAUAUGCCUUUUGAAUUACCCCAGAGUGUAUUCUUUAAUAAAUAGUAUGUGUUUGUGGGGAAGUUUCAAUAACCAACCGUCUAAACUACUCCAAAUUGGAACAUGGACACAGCGUAAAACUUCUUUUUACUCAGAAGACUUAGCUGAGCAUAAUUUGGGAGGUUUGAACUUAGUGGCACAUAUGAAAUAUACAAAACGCCCAGCAAAAAUGCAAUCCGUAUGUAAAAAAUGCACAAAAUUAUUUUUUACCACAUACUUUGGCAUAUAUUGGUGAAAAAAUGGGGGUAUGUUAAGGCACAAUAUGCACCUUAUGAGAUACCCUGGAGUGUCUACUUUUACAAAUGGUAGGCCUUUGUGGUUUUUUUUUGAACAGUCAAACUGUUAUAAUACCCCAAAUGGAAGCUAAGGCUCAUUAAAUCCAUCUCUCAAAAUUCUACUGUGAAUACUGAAAAGGACAGGUAUCCUGUAUGGCACUGUAACUUCACGAAAUAGUGCAAAAGACAUACAAUGGGGGUGUCAUUUUACUCAGCAGAUGUAACUGAACACAAAAUAAAACUUUGUACAGGAAUAGCACACACCAACUUUACAAAAUAUACACGAGAAUUUCUUUGUUAUAAGUUUGUGUGCCAAAAACAAAAAAAACCCCACAAUUUUACUCCAAUAUUUAGCAGAGGUUGGCGGCAAAAUGGCUAUGUAGAAAGUGUCAAAACAACCUUAGGUAAAUAGCCCGUGAUGUCUACUUUAUAUAAAUAUAUACUUUUGUGUGUAAAUUUUGUUUUCUUUUAUGGCUAUUAAGCUUACAAGACAAACAUACCAAAUUCUAAAAUCGCUCCACAUUAAAAGUUUAUUUUACUCCUUGUGCUUUGUGACCUGUAACUACCAAAAAAAACUUUAAAUCCCAGACACAUUAUAUAUUCUGUAAAUCAGAACAACUAAAUUAAUUUAUUUUUAAUUACUUUUCUUAACCUGCACUAAUUAUGCACACAUUAGUAUUGCAAAAACUGUUAAAAAAAACCACAAAAUUUUCAUGUUUUUUACUUUUUUCUGUAUUUUUUUGUAAUAAAUAAGCAUUUAUAUAUAUGUGUGUUACAUCAAAUUAAAGCCCUUUCUGUCCUUUAAAAAACGAUGUAUAAGAUAUGUUGGUGCAUCAAAUUAGUAAAAUGCAAAUUGCAGUUGAACGCAAACAGCAAAAAAUGAAAAAAAUGCUGUUGUCAUUAAGUGAAAGACAAGCUUUUGAAGCUCUGUCCUUAAGGGGUUAAAAACGUUGUUAUUAUUAUUAUUAUUAUUUACAUUACUUACGUUACUGUUUAUUAUGUGUGCAUUCUUUUUUUUCUGACUUUUGGGCAAAACUGAAUUAAAUUCCUCUAAAAAGUAACCUUUUAUUAGCAAAUUUUGUCAUAGUAUAACAUCUUAAAGACUAACAAUAGAAUAAUUCAUAACAAACCAGACUUUACAUAUCUUAAAUAAAAAAGUGGCCUACCCGUCAACGAUAGCAUGGUUAUAUAGAUCUGAAAAAUGCUAAAUAAGCAUGACAUUCCAUCCCAACCCUUAUAUCACAUGGCUGCGUAAACAGAAACAUUAACACAGUGAUCUGUGAGUUAUAUGUAUAAAAAAGGCUAUUCUUUUGUACUUUGCCUUCUAGGCCAUAAGUUGUCAGCCAUCCCCUGUUGUCCCAUAUUAUCGUAUGGAAAAUUGUGUACAAAGAAAUAUAUUUAAUAUAGUGUUUUUAAAUAAACCUAAUUUCUAUAAAUUAUAUUUAGGCAGCCAGAAAUGAAAACAAUUCCCACUCUGUGUUUCUUGCAUCCUUGACGUGUAAUGUUUUGCCCAUGUGGCUGAUUUCCUCUGGUAAUGUGUAAUAUACAAUGUCGCUGCUUCAUUGAGUCCAUACCAAAACAACAUAACAAAAUAUAUCAUACAUACAUUUUUUUCCCCAUAAAAUAAACAUGACAAUUUUGCUUUGUGUUUUGAAAUCUGAAAGAUUUUAUUCCACUCCCCCCCCCCAAGUGGAAUUCAGUGAAAUGCAGAAAAGUACUCCACCUAUUCAAUCAUUACAUUAAAACAUAGAUAAAAUAGUUUUUCUUCUCGCUAUCUCAGUUAGGAAGUACAGUUAGAAUUUAAAGGAAGCAUCCUGAGCUUUAGAAGUAGGUUAGCCUUUCCUGCCUUUGUUGUACUUGGUGGUAUCAGUAUGAUUCAGUCUCUUACUCUUGUAUACAGAAAUGCAGUUUUAAUAUUACUUUUAUGUUUGUAAAUAACAAAAAAUCAGGAAUGUUGACCUUUUUGUGCAUAAUUUAAUACCUUGUUACCGGUUAUAUGUGUACAAUUUGUUUUAGAUUUGCAUUAUAUUUAAAUAAUAGAUAUGAUUAGAGGUGUAUUUAAUUUUUUUAAGGGACACAUAAUAUGUGUGGUAUAUUAGUAUUCUUUAUGUGCUGGUAAUCUAGCAUCAAGUUCACCCCUAGGUAGCAUUGUAGGACCCACUUAUGUGGGACUCUUGUGGUUCUUCCUAUGUUAUUUUCUAAUUUACUUCUAGCCUCUUUCUAAAUGCUUACCUUUCCCGAGAAGGAGUGCCUAGGAUUCUAGGUGACUUGGAGCAGGAGGGCUGUGUUCUUUUUCCAUGCAGUCAUGCUCAAACGUUUGCAUACCCUUGGAGAAUUGGUAAUAUAUGUACCAUUUCUAAAGAAAACAUGAGAGAGCAGGCAAACCACAUUUCUUUUAUUUCUUAUGGGAUUCAUAUUCAAGUGUAGGUUUUAACAGAAUUGCACAAUCAUAAAACAAAACAUGGCAACAAAGAAAAAAAAUGAAAUAACCCCUGCUCAAAAGUCUGCAUACCCUUAGUUCUUAAUAUUGUGUAUUGCCCCCUUUAGCAUCAAUGACAGAGUGCAGUCUUUUGUAAUAGUUGUCUCUGAGGCCCCUAAUUCUUGUAGGUGGUAUAGCUGCCCAUUCGUCUUGGCAACAUGCCUCCAGGUCAUGCAAAGUCUUUUGUUGUCUUGCAUGAACCGCACAUUUGGCUCAAUGAUAUUAAGGUCAGGAGACUCUGAUGGCCACUCCAUAACCUUCACCUUUUUCUGCUAUAACCACUAGAGGGUCAACUUGGCCUUGUGCUUAGGGUCAUUGUCAUUGCUGGAAAGUCCAUGAGUGUCCAAGGUGCAGCUUUUGUGCAGAAGAAUGCAAAUUGUCUGCCAGUAUUUUCUGAUAACAUGCUGCAUUCAUCUUGCCAUCAAUUUUCACAAGAUUCCCCAAGAUCCAACCCAUAAUUUAUUUUUAUUUAUUUAGAAAUAUUGAUACAUGCAUGCAGGGGCGUACCUAGAGAAUUUGGCACCUGGGGCGGGUCCUAUUUUUGGCACCCCCCUUGGUCCCCCCCCCUCAACUUUAAAUAUAAAAACAACUAAAAAAUUUUUAAUGUAUUUAGCACUAAGCAGUGUUUGUGUUUUUGAAUGUAUGCAUGUUUUUGUAUGGAGUAUAUGUGAGUGAAUGUAGCGGUGUGUUUGUAUGUAGUGUUGGCAUUUGAAUGCAAGCAUGCAUUUGUGUGUUGUGUGGUAUUUGAAUGCAGUGGUAUGGUUAUAUAUAAUGGUGGGGUUUGUAUGUAGUGUUGACGUUGAAAUGCAAGAGUGUAUUUGUGUGCAGUGUUGGCGAGAUUUUUAUAUGUCUGCACAUAUACACAUACACGGACAUACACACACAAACACAGUCACACACAGAUACACAUUGACACACAUGAAGACAUCGUGGUGACUCUAGGAACAAUAUAUAUGGGGGGGCACAUAAGAUUCCACAGUCAAAACAGGAGGGGGAGGUGGAGCAGUAAAACUUCUCACUAGGGGAUGGGGUAAUAUGCUGCCAUUGGCUGUCCGAUGCCAGCAUGCUGUGUUCUGCAUGCUGGCAUCUGAUUACACAUUUGCAUAUAAUUCACAUUAGCCACCCAGAUUUCUUGUUAUGGGCUGGCUGACACCUCUUAAUUUCAAUCUUUGUUUAGCAGAUAACUCCUCUAUUUACUAUCCUUUGUGGGAUUGCCAUAUUUAAGGACACCAAAUAAGGUGCUAUCUGCUAAACAGCACCCUCAUUUGGUAUCUUUAAAUAUGGAAAUCUCACAUACGGGCACCAAUUCAGGGAAUGAUCUACUAAACAGCUAAAGGAUAAAAAAAAGCCCUUUUCUUAUUUUCAGUUGUUUAGUAGAUAAAUCCCUUAUUUGUUAUCUUUAUGUGGGAUUGCAAUAUUUGAGGACAGGAAAUAAGGGAGCUAUCUACUAAACACAUAAGCAGAGAUACACACAAUCACACACAUAAUCACAGCUACACAGCACAAUCACUGACCCACACACAAACAUUACAUACAUACACACAUUUAAUAAUUAAGAGGUCCACCCAGCCUCCCUACCUUGCUCUAGAAGGGCUGGAGUGGAUCCUCAGUCCCUGGUGGUCAGUGGUUGCUGCUGGGAUCUCACACACGCCCUGUAAUGAUGCCGAGGCCGCAAUGACAUCAUAUCCGGGCAGCCAGCUCACUGCAGGGCGAAGACUGUCAGACACAGUUAGAUGCACACAGUCCCACACACAGUCACUCACACACAGUUACAGGCAGACAGUCAAAUACGCAGGCAAUCACACAGGCAGACAGUCAAACACACAAUCACAGACAGUCACACAUACACACAACACAGUCACAGACAGUCACACACACAAUCACAGGCAGACAGUCACACACACACACACACAAUCACAGGCAGACAGUCACACACAGUGACACACACACACACACAGAGUAACACAGACAAUCACAGGCAGACAGUCACACACACACAGUGACACACACACACAGACAGUGACACACACAAUCACAGGCAGACAGUCAUACAUACACAUAACACAAUCACAGACAGUCACACACACACAAUCAGUCAGAGAGUCACACACACAGAGUCACACAGACAAUCACAGGCAAUCACACAGACAAUCACAGGUAGACAAUCACAGGCAGACAAUCACAGGCAGACAAUCACACAGACAAUCACAGGCAGACAAUCACAGGCAGACAAUCACACAGACAAUCACAGGUAGACAAUCACAGGCAGUCACACACACACACAAGCAGACAAUCACACACAGAGUCAAAGACAGUCACAAUUACAGUUACAGCACACACACUCUCACUUACAGUAAGCUUGGGCUGGAGGAGGAGGGGAUUCAGUCCCUCCUGUGCUGUAGUUGGGGAAGCAGGGACUCCUUCCUGCUUCCCCUCUGUGUGCAGCAGUAUGAGGCUGCAUAUAGCUCCGCCCCCACGUCCGGCAUGGCUCCGCCCCCAAAUCUCCGUGCAGGUCUCCAGCUUGUUCCCAGCCCCUGCGUGUGAGCUAUGUCAGCUGCCCCGCCCCUGCUGCUAUGGCAACCAGUGCAGCCACACAGCUCACUGACUCCCAAGCCUGGCCAUCCCUGGUGGCACCUCCCUGCCUGUUGGCACCCAGGGCGGACCGCCCCCCCCCACCCCCUCCCUUAGUACGCCACUGCAUGAAUGCAUAUUUGUUUCACACUGUAGUCUAUUUUACUUACUAAAUGCAUAUUGUAUUUUGAAGUUCCAGUGACGUUUUUUCUUCGUAGAUUUCAAAACAAAAACUUUCCUAAUCUAAAAUAAUAAAUUACAUCUUUUUUUAUGGCAUUUAUGUUAGUUCCUUCCUUUUUGUAUAAUUUUCCAUUAUUUUGAAAUCAUUACUGCCUCUUUUUUAAAACGGCCACAACCUCCAACAUAAUAGCUAUUCAUUUUGUAAAAUACAUUCUUUUAAAUUUCUGUGCACAACAUUUUCACUUCUUUAAUCUUCUAAUAUCUCUUUUGUUCAAGUGAUUAUUUCUUUAUUGGUUUAGAAAAUUCAUCAGCCAAUUACUUUAGUGUUCACAGGGGAAUUGUGCAAUGCUUGAAUAAUUUUAAAACAUCUAUCUUUAUUAAGCUUUCAAUAAUGUGCUCCCUUUAUAGCCCAGCAAACUGUCUACUGCUUUUUCUUGUAAUGAGUUCUGUUUUGGGUCAAUGUUUGUUGUGACCUUUAUCGGAACUUUUUUUUUCCUUUUGCUUGAUUAUUUGAUUGACUUCACUGUUAAAUAUGUUAGCUGAAAUGUCCUCCAUAUUUUAAUAAUUAGUAAUGGAUUUCUAAUUACCUGAUUCUAAACAUGGUACAAACUGUUAAAUAAUUGUCUGAUAACUUGCCAGAGUGAUGAUCUGUGUCAUAAAUCAGAAGGAAUAUUGCUAUUUUCCAAAUACAUUUUGUUUAGAAACAUGGUAAAAGUCCUUCACUGCUAUAUCUGGCUUGCAAGAGUUUACGAAAUUUGCUCACAUCAUGGAUCACACAUGAGGUUCAUUCACUAAACUCCAAAUUGUAGUAAACUGAAAACUAAAUUGCAACUUCAGCCAUAGUUUGUCUAAUUUAGCCAAAAUGAUCCCGCUUUUUCAAUGUGUCAUGAAUAUAACCAAAACAAAAUAUGAAACGUAUAUCUCACCUGAUAAGUGUUUUUUUUUUUGUGGUUUUUUUUGUGGGGGGGAACGCGUACUUAGGUUAUAUUUGUUUAGCAAUAUGGAAUUUACACAGGUAAAUAGUUAUUAAUCUGCAUUUUAAAAAUACACUGCAGAACUUCAUACCGUGGAACUAGUAUUUAAGGUAAACUUGAACAGGUUGUAUCUGUCAUUGUUAUAAUGGGCUUGGUCACAGCAGUAUAGGCUGUCAUACUGAACAAAAAUACAAUGUUCCCUUGCCCUAAAUAUUGAAUUAUUUUUAAAAUUGUGCCUAGUGUAUGGUGGCCCUAUUCUCUUGUUUAUGUUUUUCAUUAUUAAUUUAUUGAUAAUGACUGUGUGGUCAUUCAAGCAGAUAUCAGCAAGGACUGACCCACCAUCAAAUAGGGAUUUAUCUGAUAUUUGAUUUCUAUAGACAAUGUUCUGUGCAUGUCCAGUCCAUGUUUGCUACCGGCAUGUACUGUUUUCAAGCAGACAUGCUGUUGUGCAUUACCAGUGCUGCCCAUUGAUGCAUCCAACCCUUCUUUGAUACCCCCCAGUGGUGAGAUGAAUGCAAUACUCCCUGUGGAUAGUCUUUUAGCUAUGUUUUCAUAUCAUGUGCAGAUUAACCUCAUUGAAUAAACAAAACACAUAGCAUGAUACAAGUUAACAAAAUUAGUAAAUGAGUAUGAAGUAUGACUCACGUAUUUCAGAGCCAUUAUCAGAUCUGUUACAGCACACGGGGUGGCCAGCAUUAGGGCAAGAUUUGUACAAUUUUUAUCUGUGCAAAAAUGUAAAUACUAAAGCUGCAGUGCAAUAAAUUUUUCAUUACUAUUAUUAUUUAAAAUCACUUUACUCAAGAGGGUAUUUACAAGUGACACAGGCAUAUACAAUAGUAUAUUCUCCUACAUAUAUCUAGAGGAUUGUGUGAUGGUUCUGUAUUAUGUGAGUGAUUCCAUCAAAUUGAUUACAUUUUGUUAAAUUGUAUGACACUGUGUUUCUGUUUAUUUAUGUCUCCAAUUGUUAACACAGACCAUUUUAUAGUACCGUUAAUACAGAGAUUUCGUGUGAGUUAGGGUGGUGGAAGUGAACAUUAUAUUUAUUUUCUUAGAUUUAUGCAAUGUUUUAUAAUAGCAGUGAUAUAGAUAUUUUUUUUAUUUGUUCAGAACUCUUGCUUAUAUGAAGGUGAAAAUGUUAACGCUAGAGGAGAGUAAGCCAGCUAAACUGUAUAACAAUAUACAGACACUAAACACAUUUAUCUGGUGGACCAGUUAAAAUAGGUACCACUAGUUACUUUGUUGUUGGUUAUCAAAUGAGAAUAACACAAGUGGGAUCUGCAAUGAGUGGGCUAGUGUUAUGUCUGCAAAGUAGUUUUUCUCUAAAUAAGUCUUUGUUACCUUUGUGAGUCCUUGAACAUUUCAUUAUUAUUAUUAUUACUGGUAUUUAUUAAGUAUUGAUUCUGAUAUUCCGCACUGACAUAUAAUUGAGGAAACAAUGAAAGUGUUUGCUUAAAAGUGGAUGGUCUGAGAACAGAGCUUGCUGGAAAAUUACUUUGAGAUAAUGCAGGAGGUUUACUUGAAAGAAUAUUGUCUAAGGCACCAUACCAUUUAUCUUCAUACUAAUGAUGUUUAUACUCUAUUGCAUUCUUUUGAUUUUUAUAUAUAAACUUAUGUUAUUUUGGUAAAUUAAACCUUUACACAAAACAAUUAGGGUUAUUCGCUAAAAUAAGAAUUGUUGAGAAUUUAAAGUGAAUUUUAACACUCAUAGCAAAGCAGGACUUUGAGAAUUAGUUUUAGUUUGCCUCUUUUGGCCUUAAAUUUAAAUGCACUUUAAAUUUAAUUCUUACUUUAGUGAAUGCUUUUGUAUGUGUGGACACAAGUUAUGGUUUCAGUCAUUAUAUAUGACUUAUAUUGUUUGAUGAUGGUUGCACUAAAAAUAUAUAUACGUUACCUAUUUGUUGUACUCUCAUACCAUGCCCAUUUUGCAUGGUAGAUUAAUUAAAGGGACACUCCAGGCACCCAGACCACUUCUGCCCAUUGGAGUGGUCUGGGUGCCAACUCCCACUACCCUUAACCCUGCAACUGUAAAUAUUGCAGUUUUCAUAAACUGCAAUAAUUACAUUGCAGGGUUAACUCCUCCUCUAGUGGCUGUCUACAGCCACUAGAGGGCACUUCCUGGUUUAUAGCACAGAUUGGACGUCCUCACGCUAUGUGAGGACCUCCAGCAUCGCUGAAAUCCUCAUAGGAAAGCAUUGAAAGCAUCUUUCUAUGCUUUCCUAUGGGGAGGUCUAAUGCGCGUGCAUUAGGUCUCGCCGGCCGCGCAUGCGCAAUAGGUCUCCCCCGCCUGAUGACAUCGGCGGGGGAGGAGCGUGGGCGGACCCUGAACCAGUGCCGAGGGACAUCGGCGCUUGAUACAGGUAAGUCACUGAAGGGGUUUUAACCCCUUCAGCAACAUGGGAUGGGGGGUGGGAGGGAGAGGGGAUCUGCAGUGCCAGGAAAGCAGAUUGUUUUCCUGGCACUGGAGUGUCCAUUUAAUCAUUAGGUUGGACAUAUUUCAUAAAAUAGGUGACAUUUAAAUGAAGAUCGACAAAUAAUCUAUAUACAUCUUUUUGCCUUGAUUUUAGUGUUUUAAUUUACAUUUAUUAAUAAAAAUGUACAAAAAUAAAGAGUCAUGACUUAAAAAUAUAUGAAAAGUGCAAGAAUAGAAUAUUCCACCAGAUGGCGUUUCAAAUAAUAAAAAAAAAUUACUACUACAUAUUUCAACUUUAAUUGAAUAUAUUCAUCAAUUGUCAUUAAAAAUAUUAUUUAGAGACUGAAAAUAACUGAGAUUUAGAGGAAUGCUUCAACAUAUCAGCUAAUGAUAAUGUUAAAGGUUUAAAAUAAAUUUUUGGAUUGAUUGUAACAAUCAAAAUUAAAUAUAAAUGGUAUCCACAAAAAUGCAUUUACGUUAUGAGAUCAGGGCUGCCAUCAGGUAGCUUGGGGUCCUUUACAAAGCCAUUGGCUGGACCCAUCUUAUCAUAUUUUGACACAGCAAUACAUACUCCCAGACAAACACACUAACACAAUCUAAGACACACAUAGGCAUUUCUAUAUUCACAUACAUACAUGCUCUCAGACAAACAGACCAACAGACAAAGAAAUAGACAACACACAAAAAGAUAGGCACAAAUGCAAAAGAGGUCAUCUUUAUUUUUUAAAUGGUUUGCAGACAUAGACUGAGAACUUGACUACUUAAAUGUGGGACUAUUUUCCUGACACAGAACGGAGAGGACAAUCAAGGUGACACUAAUUUGCUCUGUAGCCCUGAUCAGACAGUGUAUUCAACUAAUGGAUCCAGCUUACAGCUCUUGUGUGUACCAAGAUAAACCACUAUUAUAACUGACCACUGACCAUGAACUGCAUGUUGGCCCAACACUCCUCCUGUGGGCUCAGUGUUCUACACUGCAGCUAUGGCCCACAUGGACAAAAUGGAGAACAUCUCAGGGGAAAAGUGUCUUACAUUUCAUGCCCCAUGUAACCGCCUGGUACUUCCACCUUAUAUAGAACAGGAUUUGCUCCACCUCUACCCUAGAGCAGUGUAUAAGGACUUCUACUCUUUAUGAAACAUUGGUCUUCUUCUGUUCUUAAAGAUGGAAAAAUUUUAUUUAUUUUUUCCCAUCAAAUAAUUUGAGACUACAUAUAGCUGAUGUGUCAUGCAGCUAUUAAGUUACAUCUGGAACAUUCCAGCAUCAGACUGUUUUAGUUUAACAGAUGAUUUAACCAAGCGUGUUGUUGAGUUCAAGAGCAAAACAUCUGUAAACCAGAAAUUAUUUAAACAUAUUUCCAAAGCAGACAUUAUUUAUUUUAGUUUGAGUUUGUUGUGCCAAGUUAAUGGUCGGAUAUGUAAUGUACAUAUAGUCCAUUGCUUGAAAUGCUUUGGCAUCAAAAGGGUUUAACCCAAAUUGGUCUGGUGCUUCUCUCUUGUCUAUCCAGUAAGAUGUCUUUACAAAUACUUCAUGUCAAAAUAAAUAAAGUGAAAUCAGCAAAAUGAUAUGGUAAACCUAGGGGAAAAUAUUGAAAUCUGAUACUAAUGAUUUCAAUAUUUAAAUUUCUUUAGACGUAUUCAUAAAAUGGGUUUUCAUAUGCAGUAGUGUAUACCUGUAAGAUAAAAUGUAUUGUGUUUUUUUAGCAAGUGUGAGUAAUAACAAACUCAAGUUUUUAGAUAAGUUUAAAUACUAAAUUGUAAAAAUAAGUACCAGUGUUAAGGAAUGGAGACAUGUUUUGUUUCACUCUGUCUGUAUCUCUUGUACUGAUCAGUAAAAAAAUGAAUAUCUGUAUGGUAAGACUCAAAUGGACGCUGCAACUCAAUUGGUUUUCUUUGUUUCUUUGUUUUUUUGUUUUUUUUUUAAAUAUACUGAAAAAAAAAUAUGUGAUAUACGAUACAAUGUAAAAGAUAAACGUUCUACAAGUCCCUAUGCUUCCACUGCAGCAUCUUUGGCCUUAAAGGGACACUAUAGUCACCAGAACAACUACAGCUUAAUGUAGUUGUUCUGGUGUGUAUGGUAUGUCCCUGCAGGAUUUUUAAUGUAAGCAUUCCUGGCUAGUUACACCUCUAGUGGCAGUUUCUCAGACAACCCCUAGAAGUGCUUCCUGGUUUGCAGCACUAAUGUUCAGUGUCUCCACACUGUGCAUGGAGGUGCUGAACGUUCCCCAUAGAGAGUUGCUAAUUGGUGCAGCAUUGCAUUUUUCCAUGCAUGCGCAGUAACCAACUAGUGCUUUCCUCUGGGAAAGCAUUGAAUUGGCUGAGAUCAUCACAUUUAGAGUGCCAAGAGGAGUGGACCGAUAGCCUUACAUAGGGUUCCGUAUGGCUCCCUUAGAGCGCCCCUGAAGCAGGCGCUUACUCAGUAAGGCAGCAUAGGCACCUGCUUACCUGGAUGGCCAAAAUAUAACAGAGGGCAGGUAGGAGGCAGGUGGCAGCAGAGCACAGAUGUUCUUCCAGUUUUUCAUUGUUCUCCGCUCCAUGCUGAAAUGCCGGCAGCCAGAAUAUGAUGUCACUCUGGCCCCAGCAUCACUAAACAGCACACCAGGGAGCAGUGAAGAACUGGAAGAUUACAGGACUCACUGAACAACAGGAAAGCACCCACACCAGCUCUCCAAAAGGUAGGAACUUUGGAAGGGCCUAAAAAAAUAAAACCAACAGAAAUAAAAUGAAUUUGUGAAUGUGUGUGCAAGAAUGUGUACGUGUGCCCAUCAGUGUGUGUGUUUGUGGGUGUCUGUUGGUGAGUGUGUUUUAAAUCAGUGAGAGUGUGUGUAUAUCAUUGAGAGUAUGUAUGUGUGUGUCUAUCAGUAAGUGUUUCAAAUCAGUGAGAGUGUGUGUCUGUUAGUGUGUGUCUCUCAAUGAGAGUGUCUGUCAGUGUAUGUCUCUCAAUGAGUGUCUUUCAGUGAGUGUGUUUCAAAUCAGUGAGAUUUUGUGUCUGUCCUUGAGAGUGUGUGUCAGUGUGUGUCUCUCAAAGUGUGUGACUGUAGGUGAGUGUGUGUCUGACUACAAAAAGGAGUAGAGCUUAUAGAUGGAGAGUUGGAGUCAUUGCCAUAGAAAAAUGCAUGCCUGGACUGGACAUUUGGAAAGGGGAGGAGUUAGUAAUAUGACCAAACCAAAACAAAUUAUGUACCAAGGGUGCCCCCACCCUAAGAUUGGCCCUGAUUAUUUAUAUAGUGUCAAAAUAUAUCGCAGUGCUGUGUAUCAUACAAUGGAAAGAAUUGAAAACGAGUAGUUAACAUACAGAAAAUUAACAGAGAUAAAAGAUCCUGCUUAAAUAAGCAUACACUCUAUAAAUAAGGGGUAUAGACACACAAGAGGAAAAAUUGUUAUAGAAAUAUAGCAAGUAGGUAAUUGAUUUGAUGAAUCUACAAACUGAAAACUAGUAAGAACUCAAAUUGACAGGGUAUUCAUGACAGAGAGUAAACUUGUAGAAAACAGUCGGAGACUUUGUAAUAAGCAAAUAAUCCUAAAAUGCCUGUGAGCCAUUUAAGUCAUAAAAACAAAUUAUAAAAAUGGAGAAUUACUUCUAUCUUCUUUUGGGAAAACUCCAGAGGUAGGAAUGAAAAUUCUGAAAAUCAAUAUAGAUAGAAUUCUAGUAUGAGCAUACAAGGAAGUGGCAUAGGAAACCAACUAUGAGGGUAUAAUUAUUGAAUUAUUUUGCUCAGUAAUUGGACAUAUAAAAUGAAUAUAACUUUUCUAGUGUAAACAGAUGUGUGAAAAUCUGCAUUUUGUUAUUUUUUAACAUAAUUUGGACUGUGUGUUUAUGUAAAAUUCAGGCUAGUUUACCUUCUCGGUUACAUAUCUACUAUGGAAUAAUGUCAAAUACUAAUUGGGUGGUAUUAUAUUCUAUAAAACCAGAUUCAAUAAUUAAAUUGAAUGUUUAUUGGCACAGGAUUUGCGAUAAAUUGAAGAAAACAAUCCACUGACCCCACACUUUGCUUUGAGAUUUAUAUUUAGUAUACUAUUCAUUUUAAAACUACCAUGACUGAAGAAUGAUUGUAAACAGUUGGAAACUAAUAUUUAAGGGGUUAUUUACACUGUGAAUUGUGGAGAAUGUCUAAUUAAAAUCCGAAACAGCCAACUUUAAAAAAUGUAUCCCAUUUUGAAUUUUUUUCUAGUUAAUUUGUUUUAAUCUAAAACCCGAAAUUCCUUUGAUUUCUCCAAAAUGUCUCAUAAUUUAAAAAAACACUGUGCGUAGUGUAGCCACUUCAACAGAUUGAAGUGGUUAUGAUGCCUGGAGUCCAUGAGCACCAGAUCCCGCAUCACUACUAGAUGGUUUACUUACCAUUUAGUAGAACAGGCAUAGGAAACCUUUGGCACUGCAGAUCUUUUGGACUACACCUCCCAUGAUGCUUUGCCAGCAUUAUGGGGGAUGUAGUCCACAACAUCUGGAGUGCCGAAGGUUACCUACCCCUGUGGUAGAGAAACUCAUUCCCUGGCAGCCUGCAGCUUGGACUCCAAUGUCAAAAUGGCAGAGGCUGAGCUAUACUCCACUUCACGCCAUACCAGGCUGAAUGUUUUCAGUCAAUCACUGCUCCAGUCUCUGGUAUGACUUGGUAUGGUGCACCGUAGAAGCAUAACUCAGCCUCAUUGGAGACCAGACUUUCAGCUGCCAGGGACAAAACCAAAAGUUAUCCAUUUAGUAGAGAUGUAGGACUUGUCACCUACAGACUCAAGGCACCAUAACCACUUAAAUCAAUUGCAAUGAAGUUGUUACUGUAUGAUACCAGGAGGUCCCACGUGCAUGUUACCUUAAGGGGUAAACUACUUAGAAACGGUUUAUCCCCAAACUGUCAAAGACUGUCUCCUUCUACUCUGCCAAUUAGCUUCUUCUGAUGGUCCAAGGCUUCAGUCAGGAAGCUAAUGAUAAUGAAUGGGGAGCGAAUGAUAAGCUGAGAGUGUCCAGUCCAAAGAACUUUUGACAUUUGUUUUUUGUUUUUAUCAUUUCUGGGCUAUAAUGUUUUCUACUUUAUAUUGGAUUCUGCCUGCAUGUAUACAUAACUCUUAUUUUGUUAUUUGUUUGGUCCUACUUUUCCUCAACGUUGUCGUAUUGAAAAAAAAAACAAUUCAAUAAACAUUUUAAUAAUAAUAAUAAAAAAUUAAAAAAAUCUAUUUUAUUAUUAAUAGCAUAAAGUCAACCUGUAUUUAAAUAAAACAGUCACUUUUUGAUAAAGGCCAUUGCUUCUAAAAAUCCUCAGACCCCUUCUUCCAGGAAGCUCUUACCUAGGGUAAGGCUUAUUAUUUACAACAAAUGUUAUUAUUAAUUAUAUGUAUAUGUAUGAAUAACUACCUCUUGGUAAGGAGCGUAAUUUACCAGACAUCCCUGUGUUUACAUUUUUUAUCAUUCCUUGCAACUUUACAAGAAGCUGCAGACAAAGAUUUGCAUUGUUUUUUUUUUCAUUAGAUGUUUAUUGAAAAACAUUUUCAAAGUAGGGGUACAGUAAAUAAAAAGGGGGAGUAAUAAACAUGAAAAAAAAGGGAUUUCAUACAACAAUAAAUGCAUUGUAAUCUGAAUCACACAUCUGUAUUGUACAUCUGUUUGCAUUAAGGGCAGGCUGAUUUUCCUAUACAGAUUGAAGUGGGCUAAUGACGCUUCGGGCAGUUAACCCCUCCCCCCCACCUUUUUUCCAUUACCAAGACCCCUACAUGUGCAUAUCUGGACCUCAGUACUGUCACUACCUAUGGCGGGGUGGUUGUAUGUAAAGCUAUACAGCCCAGGCAAUUUACACAUAACACAUUUACAAGUUAUAGACAUCACUUUUCCCGUGUAAUCUGCUCAGUCCUAUGUGUUUUAGGUUUUAGGAGUGCGUUAUAAAUUACCACCUAUAACUGUUUGUGUCACUUAUGCUGUGGUAUUAUCUUGGUGUGUGAUGUUUUGUGUAUAGUCAGUCCAUGAUUUGUACGUGUCUAUGAGCGUCAGUCUGUUUUUGUGCCGAUAUUGCUGACAUCCAUUCGAAUAAGUAGUAUUGGUGUAUUUUGUCAAGUAACAAAUGUUGUCAUGAGCCAUGAGGUGUGCUUCCAAUUGAGUGCUAUGAGGUUCCUUGCUGCAAUUUGCCUUGUUUUGAAUAAAUAAUUAAUAGUUAAAUGUAUGUACGCCUUUAAAACUCUUUUUGCUGAGGUUCUAAUUCUAAUACAUUAAAUGUAGAUGGUGAUAUAGCUAUUUCGAUCAUGAUAAUUUUGUAGAAAAAUAAUAAAGAAGAUGUAGAAUAAUAAAUAAUCUUGAUUAGUUUAUGCUACAUGAUGUGCAGUAGGAUGUCAGAGAACCAAAAUGCAGUUCAGGGGUUCGACUAAAGUAAAUUAAAGUUACAAUUGCACUUUGCAGUUAAUCAACAACAAAAAAAGGCAAUACAAUUUGUAGUUUCAGUCAUUUACCAUUUAAAGUACUUUUUGUUAGGAGAACAGGUGGAGUGGCAUAUUUAAGUGUUGCUUAAACAUUUUGUUUUUCUUUUCUUUUGUAUGAUGCUCCAUUAAGCGUACCCUUUAGCAAUACAUUUAUUCUAACCUAAAAUUAUUGCAUCAUUUUAAUGUCACUGCACAAACAGAGCUAUCUGUGCAUAAGCAAUAAUCAGCCAUUUAUUUAAAUACUUAUCUGAAAUGUAAUUGACAGUUUGUAACUGUGUUGAAAGUACUUUUUUUUCUUUUUUUAUACAAAAAAUCCAUUGCAGUUGCUUAAUUUACAAUCCUUUAAACACUUCUCAGAAAUAAAUACACGGUUUCAUUGCAAAGCUAAUAUAGAACUAUUGAUCUGAUGAUGCAUUCACAUUAAACACUUCACGAUCUAUAGUACUAGUUCAAUCCUCAGGGACAUAAGCCUAUUCUUAGCUGGGUCAAUUCAACCUUUCAUCACUUUGAGGUCUAUAACAUAAGUAUCAGAGAGUUGGGUAAUAUCUAAGCCGAGGACACUUCAAGACAAGAGGAAUCUCAAUGUAUUCUUCUUUGUAAAACACUUUAAUUAUAAUGAUUUACUACAUGGAGUGGAAAAAAUAUGGUGAUAAAUACAGCAUUUUCAUAAUGAUAUUUUGAGCGCUACGUUAAUAGUGAAUCUGUACACCAUAGGCAGAACUUGAUGGACUCUAAAACUUUUUUCAGCAUGUAUUACUCUGUAACUAUGUCGUGAUUUAUGACAUGGCCUUUGCUCAUGAAAUCCAAGAACAGAACAACUAUAUAGUUAAUCCUGUUACGACCUUACACAACUGCAAAAAUAAAAUAUGCUGGCAAACUUGAGAAGCUCUUAGGAUAUGUAAUUCACUGUAGCUGUUACAGAGUAAUAAAUGGUUAUAAAACACAUUCUCUUGACAAGGGUAAAUAAAAAAGGAAAAUAUAAAUCAUGCAUCUGUCCCUUUGACUUUAAUCGUGGAAAAUUAUGAAAAUAAACAGAUAAGGGCAAAACAGCACCUGUUCUUUUUAUCUGGUCUUAUGUUAAAGAUAUUUAGACAUGUAUGAGUUCCAGGCAACGUUAAAGAAAUUAAUACUCUGAAGCUUUGCUCGUUUCAAACAUUUGGAAUAUUAAACACAAACUGCAAGUAAAAUAAGUGAGACGACACUUAAAUAGUUGUAUGCGUUCAAGGCAACGUUUAAGAUUUUUAUUUAAUUUUUUUGUUUUGUGGUACAAUUACAAGUUCACAGAUAGGUAAAGACAUGGCAAUAUAAAAGCAAAAUAAAACACAAUAGAGUGUGAACAAAAUUAUACAAUAUUUAUCAAGAUUUUGCACAUUUUUAAAAUAAGAUAAUGCUUUUGCAUCCCAUCCUAAACUAAGCCUACACUGCUCUUCGUAACUGAGAGCCAAAUAAACCAAAUAAACUAUGUAUGACUGUGAUUUAUAUCCACCAGUGAUGCAGGCCACAUAUGUAGCUGGUACUGGUAAUAAAUGCAAAAGAAAGAUAUACGGUUAGCAAAAAUAUUAAUCCACAGAAAAUGGAGAAUUGCCUAUUAGGUAUAGCUCACAGUAUCUGCCAGGAGGUUUUAAAACACUAUUGUUUGAUGGAGUUAUUCUUGCUGGCUUGCGAUCUCGUUUAAAAAGUAAACCAAAAAAAAAUACCUUUUCCAUCCCAUACCAUGGCCAAGUUCUCCCAACAACCCGCCGCUCCGGUGAUGUCACUCCCCCUCACUGCAGUGACAGGGAUGUUCCAUGGGGUGUGUUAGUGGAGUACUUGGGAAACACAGAGGUGGAGGCCCCUCUGUCCUAUAUCACCAGCUUACUAUGUGUGCUGUCAACCGACGGCAAAUGUGCACAGAUUUAUCAUUAGCUAGUCCUGGAAGUCUCAUUCCUAGUUUUCUAAUGAUGCUGUUGGAGGUAAGGUUACAUACCUUCUAACUCUAUUGUCCAGAAUUGGGCAGGUCAGUGACCCAGUCCAUCCUACUGAGGACAAAGCACACAAAGCACAGCACAAAGCAAACAUUUAUGCGUCUCAUGGAUUCGACACUUUCCAUUGAGAUGAACUGCAGGCACAGCAUGACAAUUGCUGCAAAUGUGCCCUGCAUCCCAAUACUGGUAUGUAAGGACCAUUGGAUUGGCUCGGAGAUCUCUUUAAAGAAAUGUGGGACAAAGGGAGACCAGGAGGCUCUCCAACUCUCCAGCGUUAUAAUAAAUGUAAUCAGUUUAAUGUUAGAGUGUUACUUGAAUUAUAUAGCCAACAUUCUUCUGCAGCAGCAAUGGGGUUGGAAUGUUAUGCUUGCUCUGGUCCUAUAAUUUAAGUUUACCCAUACUUAUCUUGAGGAAGCUUCUAUUUGCAACUCAACCCUUCUGUUCAUGAGAUGGCUAUAACUGGCAAUAUAUUUUUCUUUUAUAAUUUUAUUUUUUAUACUCUAGAGUGUUAAGCCCAUAUUGUUAAAUGUAAAUUGUGAAUCCCUUCAGGGCCAGGAUUUGGAAAAUAUAUUGUUGUGACAGCACAAACAUAUCAGAGGUGCUAAGGAAGUUAAAGGCUAAUUGAACUUAAAAAUUUUGCUAAAAAGUGCAAUUCAAAUAUUUAAUAUAAAGCAACAAAUAUGGUUCAUUUAGUUUGACUAUCUAAGCAGUUCCCAAACCUCAGUACAUUGGCAGCAAACAACCAGAAUAUAAAUGAUGCUUAUCCUGUUUGUACUUUCUUUAUUUAAAUAAGACGUCCUGCAGUGAAAUACUGUUUUUAAUCAUGUUGGCACACGCAGUCUAGUAGAGACAGAUUGCAAGAACACAUGAAAAAAAAACAUUCAAUUCUAACUAACAUUAAUGAAUGUGAAUUAAUGCAUAAUUUAAUUUAUACACAAAUACAUAUAAUGUUCACUCAGGUCUCAGCUAGGUCAGUUCAAAAGAUCUUUACUAUUCAACCGUUUGAGUGCCAAGUCAUUGAGAGCAUAAUUUAGUUUUAUUGAACUAAAUGCACUUUAAAAAUUAAAAUGACUGUCGCAUACCACGCCAACAUUUUUAUUUUAUUAUUAUUAGUAUUUAUAGAUCACCAACUUAUUCCGCAUCACUUUACGAUAUUAUAAAAGGGAGAAGUUUAACAAUAAAGAAACAGUUAUAAAAUGUUACGGGAACAAUAGCUUGAUGAGCACCCUGCUCAAAUGAGCUUACAGUCUAAAGGUUGUAUCAUCACGAAAAUCUUUAUGAAAUACUCACAUUGACUGUGUAGGACUAGAACAUGAAUUCCAACACAGUAGGGACAACUUUGUCUUAGUAUAUUCCUUUUGCUUGACAAAACUUGACAAAAGACGGGGCUACUACCAUCAAGUUUUUUCAUUUCUCCCAGCCGUCACUAGUGACAUCUGCAGCAGGCUCGUGGUAUUUUCCAUAGAUUACUUCUACUUUUGCACACUUGAAAGAGUAUAGCACUGAUGUGAAUUCCUGGCAGAUGAAGCGACAUGAGCAGAAGUGGACCAACAGGAAGACCCUGGCAGCAGCCCCAAGAAAAAAACACCUUCCCCUGCACUCUUGCAAGCGGAACAAAAUAUGCAAACACCCCAAACGGUGACAGAAUCGCUUUAAAUCAGCUCUGUCACACUCAUCUCACCAAUGGGCAUUUCAGACAUAUAGAAUCUUUAUGAAAUACUGAUAUUGUCUUUUUUGGAAUUUCACUACCAUUCCCACCCUGUCUAGAGAUAUAUUGAGACAAACUAUGGACUACUUUGCCUUAGUAUUUUUCCUGCUCUUCACAAAAUGGCAAGUUAUCUUUUGUCAAGCUUUGCAUUACUUCCAGCCUUCACCAGUGAUGCCUGUAGGCAAAAUAAGCUCUUUCAAUAAAGGAUCAUGUGGUCUCAAGAGUACAUAGCUGAUGUUGGUUCCUGACACCUGAAGAAGAGUGGACAAAUGAUGGUGCUCACGAUGAGCAGGUUCAGGUAUGUCAAACCUACCUUCCCCUGCCGCCAUGGCCACCAAAUUCCCAGCAACGAUGUCAAAAUCGUUGGUCAUUGCAAAUUAUGCAGAGACCACAGACGGUGACAUCAGCUUUAAGUAAAAAAUUAUAAAAAUUAAUUAUGAUAUACAAAGAGAUUUUUUAGAUAUCCAUAAAUAAUUCAUAGACAGGAUAUUUUAAAGUAUUUGUAAAUAUGUGAAAUAUGUACACAGUCUCUUUAGAGUACACUUGUUUCUGUAAAUAUAAAGCGUUUAGUUUCCAUUUAAAAAAGGCCAUAAUCCAGAAUUGCUUUCACAAUGCUUUAUAUCCCACUACACAGUGUACCUUUAAUGAAGGUUGCUGGUAAUAUAUAUAUAUAAAAAAUUUCUUAUAAGACUGCAGCUGUGUCAGGAGAAAGGAAGCAAAGUUAACAAAGUAUUGGUAACUUAUGCAAAGUCAAUUCUUCCUGCAGCAAUCACAUCUGUGGAUUCGAUCAUUAUGCCUUUUCCUGUUCUGAUCUUUUCAAGUAAUUCUUACUGUUAAAUAAUUUAUUGUGUGGUUUGGAGAAAAUGCAGUGUAAUUAUCUGCACAUAAUGCACAGAAAAUGAAAACAAUAUCUACAUAUUAUUUAUUGACCUCUAUGAUAUUUGUACUAAAUAGAAAUUGGUUGCCAUAAGGUGCAUGCAUUACAAAAUAAAAUAUCGAUCUUUAUUGUGUAAACACAGCAAAGGAAAAAUACUUUAAAAUAUUUGCAGAAACACUUUAUACAUUAUGCAGUGCAGAAAUAAAACAUUGUAAUUAAAUAGCAGAAAAAAACAUGACUUUCUUGUUUACCCAUAUCUUUAAAAUAGAUGAGAUUUAGAACACUUUAGAUGUACUUUUCCUCAUUGUACUUGUGUGUUCAUGAGUACUAGAUAUAUUUGUGUGACAGUGUGUAUAUGCUAAAUCUAAUUUUUUUUCUAAAAUCUGUUUAAUAUUUAAUACUUUAUCAUUGGCAUUUUGUUGUUCCCAUUGCUUAAAGUAACACACAAAGCACCACAACUACUACAACUUAGCACGUAACCCACAUUUCUUUAUGUAUGUUAAGCUACACUUGGCCAACACAACAAACGAAAGACUUUCGAAAGUUUGGAAAAUAUGCUUUCAUUAUUACUAUGUGUUUUCCCUACAUUAUUGUAGAAUUCUAAAGGACCGUCCAAGCACUACAACUACUUCUGUCCACUGUAAUGGUCAUGGUGCGAGAAGUACCCUGAUGCCUACCCAGAGUAAGUAGUCAAACUUUUUUGUAUAGUUUGACAACUAACUAACCUGAGUUCCUUGGGCAACCACAUCGCUACAGAUUAAAGAAUGGCAGACGAUUAAGGACUAUCAAGGCUGAUUAAGGACUGGCUGAAAGCACUCAAAUGGUGUGAUCUUACAUGAUCUUGCUAAGGUCUGUAGAGAUAUCCUGAUUCAUUUGCCAGAGAAGAUCAAAAUCAGGGGCUGUGGGUGCCCAGCAGGAUCCAGAUAUCUUGUCAAACUGUCAACAAUUUGACUAUUUACUGUGGGACAGUGUCAGAGCACUUCUGGCACCAUAAUCACUAUUGUGGUCUCUAGUUGUUAUUGUGCUUGGAGAGUUAUUUUAGCAACUAGCCUCUUCAUCUAUAUUUUCUGUGCUUAACCUACUCACAACUUUUUUUUUGUCCCAAUCAUAGAACACAUGCAUAAUUACGUGUCUGUUAGUCCACCCAUUGUACAGCACUACAGACUUUGCUGGCGCUAUAUAAAUAAUAAAAUAAUAAUAAUAAUAAUAUCAGUUAUCUUUGAUUGUCCUUUUCUGGCUUUUCACAUAUUUUAAAUUGAACCAACUUAUUGCUGUACAUACAUUUGUCCAAAAAGUCCAAAAAUACUGCCCACUACUGAAUAAUCUUAUAAUUUCAUACUUUUAAAUCAAGCAAUAUAUAAAACAGUUUUAACUGCUGAAAUUCAAUUCACAAUUUACAAAUAAACAUCUUUUUUUACGGGGUAAUUACAAAGGAACUACAAGACACAUUUUUUUGUUUCUGAGAUACUGUAAUUAAUAAAUUGCAGGGGUAACACCACCUUUGCGCUUCCAGGUCUGUAGCGGAGUUUCACUCCACUAGCCAACGUUGGACGUCUUCACAAUUUGCCAAUUUGACGAUAUAAUUGUUGUGAUAUGUUUUACUGUUUUGAAACACUAAUAUUUGUGUUCAACGAAGUCUCCCGAGUAUAACAGUACCCCUCAUAUACAGGUUUUAUGGUGUUUUUAAAAGUUACAGAGUCAAAUAUAAGGCUUGUGUUUCAGUUUUUUCACAUUAAAAUUGACCGUACGGUAGCUCAGGAAUGAAAAUUACCCCCAUGAUGGCAUACCAUUUGCAAUAGUAGACAACCCAGGGUAUUGCAAAUGGGAUAUAUUCAGUCUUUUUUAGUAGCCACUUAGUCACAAACACUGGUGAACUUGACCCCGAACCCGAACCCCAUUGAAGUCAAUGCACAUGUACUGUUUCACCAUGUUUCUGAAAUGCUGCCUCCUGCUAAGACGUUCAAUAUCAGAUGGUGGUGCUGGUUGUUGUGGCGUGCUGACAAAGCUUUUCCACAUUUCGGCCAUGCUAACCCUGCCCCCUGAGGUGCUGGCGGUGCCCAAGCUGCAUUGGCGACCUCUUCCUUCUCCUCUGCCUUCACCUUGUGCUUCCCCUGAGCCCCCGGUGUCAGUUGGGAAUGUCCACAGCAACGCGUCUACCAGCGUGCGCUUGUAGUCGUGCAUCUUCCGAUCAUGCUCCAGUGAGGGAAUUAAGGACCGCACGUUGUCCUUGUAACAGGGAUCCAGCAGGGUGGCCACUCAGUAAUCAGCACAAGUUAGAAUGUGGGCAACUCGGAAGUCCAUGCGCAGGCACUGCAGCAUGUAGUCGCUCAUGUGUGCCAGGCUGCCCAGAGGCAAGGACAAGCUGUCCUCUGUGGGAGGUGUAUCGUCUGUGUCCUCCGUAUCCCCCCGCAUCACGCUUCAGUGAUGCCCACGAGCAGCAUUGGGUGCCACCCUGCUGUGAACACGGUUCCUCAUCCUCCUGAACUGUGCCCUGGCUGGACAAUUGUGUAGCUGGCCUAUGCUGGUGCAAGAACCCACCCUCCAAGCCACUUGUGAAUGACUGGCCUAAUAACGGUGGAAAUGACCCCUCUUCCUCCUCCUCUUCCUCCUGUGCCACAUCCUCUUCCUUCAUCGCCCGAAGUGUUUUUUCAAGGAGACGUAGAAGCGGGAUAGUAAGGCUGAGAAUGGUGUCGUUGGCACUGGCCAUGUUGGUGGAGUACUCAAAACGGCGCAAAAUGGCACACAGGUCUCACAUGGAGGCCCAAUCAUUGGUGGUGAAGUGGUGCUGUUCCGCAGAGCGACUGACACGUGCGUGCUGCAGCUGAAACUCCACUAUCGCCUGCUGUUGCUCUCACAGUCUCUCCAGCAUAUGCAAGGUGGAGUUUCACCUUGUGGGCACGUCGCAUAUGAGGCAGUGAGCAGGAAGGCCGAAGUUACGCUGCAGCGCAGACAGGCAAGCAGCAGCAGGGUGAGAACGCCGAAAGCGCGCACAGAUGGCCCACACUUUCUGCAGCAGCUCUGAUAUAUCUGGUUAGUUUUUCAGGAAUUUCUGCACCACCAAAUUCAGCACAUGCGCCAGGCAAGGGAUGUGCGUCAAACCGGCUAGGCCCAGAGCUGCUACGAGAUUUUGCCCAUUAUCGCACACCACCAGGCCGGGCUUGAGGCUCAGUGGCAUCAACCACUCAUCGGUCUGUUGUUCCAUGCCCAUCCACAGCUCCUGCGCAGUGUGGGGUUUUUACCGCAAACAUAUGAGUUUUAAAACAGCCUGUUGUCAUUCCCCCCUGGCUGUGCUGAAGUUGGUGGUGAAAGUGUUACGCUGACCAGAUAAAACAAAUAUAUAAAAAACACUCUGUGAGAAAGUCCAUAAAAAUCCACUUUACGCGUUUCACCUAUGGAGGCUUCUUCUGAAACGCGUAAAGUGGAUUUUUUUUCAGAAGAAGCCUCCAUAGGUGAAUGUGUAUAAUAAACAGUUAUAAUAUUUUUUAUCACUCUGAGAUAUCCAUUAUUAUUAUAUUUUUUUUUUUUCCUGGUUAACAUCUUAUUCCCUGGUGGGGAUUAUACCACCUACACUUUAUAAACUAGAGUGAGGCACGCUCUAGUAAAUGUGAAUACGAUACCUUAUAUUUAUUUAUUAUCCCAAAAGAUAUCAGUAUCUACUGCACUAUGUGGAUUCUUCUGUCUAUCUAUGUGUUCUUUAUUUGAGACCAUCAAGACGUGGACCACUUUAUAUCUAUCCUAAGACAGGGAUUAUUCCGUCUAUGCGCAAGAACAGUAGAGCUCUGUAUUUAGCUCUGUCAAAUGUGAGUGUACAUCUACCUACUCUUCGUUUAUCUACGAAAUAUUAACAGUGUUACACUAUUAUUUGUGUAUCUUUUUCUCUUUUUGAGGUAUACUACUGAAAUUAUAUGACCAUAAGGAUGUGAGUACGUAUAUUCGUAUCACAAUAAGGGCGCGGUUUCCUUUUUUCUUUGUUCACUAUUUUAAAACUGUCUGUCUCCAUCAGAUGGAAUGACAGCAUUUCAAAGGCCACGAAUUUUGAAAUGCUGGCAUUCAGGGCCAAAGAUCGCGGGUGGCUAUGGGGGUACUUCCUCUUUCUCUCCAGUGUUUGGGAGAUGGACAGCUGAACGCUUCAAUGGGACAGUGUGGAGAUGCUUGGGGACGGUGGCGGACGUGGUGGCGUUGCUGCCACAUCCUCUGUUUGCGGGGUGGCAGGUGCCACUGUGACUCAAGAGGUGGAGGAAGAGGCUGAUACAGCAGCAGAAGAGGAAGCAGGAGGAGCCUGAGACCUUUCUUGGUUUUUGAGGUGCUUACUUCUCUGCAGCUCGUGCUUUGCAUGUAGAUGCCUGGUCAUGCAGGUUGUGCUCAGGUUUAGCACGUUUAUGCCUCGCUUCAGGCUCUGAUUGCACAGCGUGCAAACCACUCGUGUCUUGUCGUCAGCACAUUGUCUGAAGAAAUGCCACACCAGGGAACUCCUUGGAGCUGUUUUUUUGGUGUGCUCGGUCCCUGGGUGAGGUGGGCAGUAGCAGGCGUACUGUCCAGGGGACGGCCGCUCCACUCUUAUGCUGUGCUGGUGCCUCUGUGCGACCACCGUCUCUUCCUCCAAACUGCACACGUCACUUGCAUAACCUUGAUUCCAUGUGGGAUCUAGGACCUCAUCAUCCUCCACAUCAUCUUCCACCCACUCCUCAACCCUGCCCUCCUUGCCGGUCUGCACACUGCAGAAAGCCACAGCAGUUGGCACCUGUGUUUCGUCAUCAUCAGAGACGUGCUGCGGUGGUCCUCGCAUGUCCACAUCCUGACACAUAAGUGGUUGUGCAUCAGCGCACUCAAUCUCUUCCAUUUCUGGGGCAGGACUAGGUGGAUGGCCCACGGAAACCCCGCCAGCAGAGUCAUCAAAAAGCAUAAGAGACUGCUGCAUGACUUGUGGCUCACACUGCUUGGCUGAUUUGCAAGGGGGUGAGGUAAAAAGACAGAUGGCCAUGGGCUGCAGGUGCCAACUCUGAGCUUUCAGCAGGGGACCGGGUGGGAGACAAUGUGAAGGAACUAGAGGCACUGUCAGCCAUCCAAUCUACUAUCGCCUGUACUUGUUCUGGCCUCACCAUUCGUAGAGCGGCAUUCGGGCCUACCAAAUAACGCUGAAGGUUUUGUCGCAUACUCAUACCUGAGGAAGGUGUUUCACUUGUGCGUGCAGCUGGCACAGAUCAACUACGUCCUCUCCUUGCAACAGGAGCUCAACCAACACCAACAGCACCACGACUAGGGCCACGUCCCUUAUUUGAUGCUCUUCUCAUUCUUUGCGUUCACCCACCAAACUAACAGAUGGUUUAUGUCAGGCGACAAUGUAACCGCCAAUAGUCAACAAUUUUUUUUAUUUUUUUUAGUUUAUUGAACUGCAAGAAAUGCACAGCAGGCCGCAAAUGUACUAUGCAGCACAAAAAAAUUUGAAUUUUUGAAAGUGCGAUGUAACCACAGUAUUUGACGGUUCUAUUUGACUCUCAGAUAUGAAGUGCACACCACAAAUUUACUUUUUAGCACCAAAAAAAUGUGAAUUAGUCAAACUGCAAUGUCACAGCAGUAUUUGACGGUUCUAUUUGACUCUCAGAUAUGAAGUGCACGCCACAAACGUACUUUUUAGCACACAAAAAAUGUGAAUUAGUCAAACUGCAAUGUCACAGCAGUAUUUGACGGUUCUAUUUGACUCUCAGAUAUGAAGUGCACGCCACAAAUGUACUUUUUAUCACCAAAGAAAUAUGAAUUAGUCAAACUGCAAUGUCAGUCAGUUUUGACGGUUUUUGUUGACUCUCAGAUAUGAAGUGCACGCCACAAAUUUUCUUUUUAGCACCAAAGAAAUUUGAAUUUUUUAAAGUGCGAUGUAACCACAGUAUUUGACGGUUCUAUUUGACUCUCAGAUAUGAAGUGCACGCCCCAAAUUUUCUUUUUAGCACCAAAGAAAUGUGAAUUUUUUAAAGUGCGAUGUAACCACAGUAUUUGAAGGUUCUAUUUGACUCUCAGAUAUGAAGUGCAUGCCCCAAAUUUACUUUUUAGCACUAAAGAAAUGUGAAUUUUUUAAAGUGUGAUGUAACCACAGUAUUUGACGGUUCAAUUUGACUCUCAGAUAUGAAGUGCACGCCCCAAAUGUACUAUUUAGCACCUUAAAAAUUAGAAUUAGUUAAACUGCAAUGUCACAGCAGUAUUUGACGGUUCUAUUUGACUCUCAGAUAUGAAGUGCACGCCACAAAUGUACUUUUUAGCACACAAAAAAUGUGAAUUAGUCAAACUGCAAUGUCACAGCAGUAUUUGACGGUUCUAUUUGACUCUCAGAUAUGAAGUGCACGCCACAAAUGUACUUUUUAGCACCAAAAAAAUAUGAAUUAGUCAAACUGCAAUGUCACAGCAGAUUUGACGGUUUUUGUUGACUCUCAGAUAUGAAGUGCACGCCCCAAAUUUUCUUUUUAGCACCAAAGAAAUUUGAAUUUUUCAAAGUGCGAUGUAACCACAGUAUUUGACGGUUCUAUUUGACUCUCAGAUAUGAAGUGCACGCCCCAAAUGUACUAUUUAGCACCUUAAAAAUUUGAAUUAGUUAAACUGCAAUGUCACAGCAGUAUUUGACGGUUCUAUUUGACUCUCAGAUAUGAAGUGCACGCCACAAAUGUACUUUUUAGCACACAAAAAAUGUGAAUUAGUCAAACUGCAAUGUCACAGCAGUAUUUGACGGUUCUAUUUGACUCUCAGAUAUGAAGUGCACGCCACAAAUGUACUUUUUAGCACCAAAGAAAUAUGAAUUAGUCAAACUGCAAUGUCACAGCAGUUUUGACGGUUUUUGUUGACUCUCAGAUAUGAAGUGCACGCUCCAAAUUUACUUUUUAGCACCAAAGAAAUGUGAAUUUUUCAAAGUGCGAUGUAACCACAGUAUUUGAUGGUUCUAUUUGACUCUCAGAUAUGAAGUGCAGGCCACAAAUAUACUAUUUAGCACCUAAAAAAUUUGAAUGUUUAAAACUGCGAUGUAACCACAGUAUUUGACGGUUCUAUUUGACUCUCAGAUAUUAAGUACAGGCACCAAAUGGACUAUAUUAGCACCAAAAAAAUUAGAAUUUUUAAAACUGUGCUGUAACCACAGUAUUUGACGGUUCUAUUUGACUCUCAGAUGUGAAGUGCAGGCCUCAAAUAAACUAUUUAGCACUAGUGAUGUCCCGAACUGUUCGCCGAACGGUUGGCCACGGUUCGCCACGAACGGUUCGCCACGAACGGUUUCGCCACGGACUCAUCAUUGAGUAAACUUUGACCCUGUACCUCACAGUCAGCAGACACAUUCCAGCCAAUCAGCAGCAGACCCUCCCUCCCAGACCCUCCCACCUCCUGGACAGCUCACUAAGAAUGCAGCUUCACAAUGGAUUCUGUCCAGGAGGUGGGAGGGUCUGGGAGGGAGGGUCUGCUGCUGAUUGGCUGGAAUGUGUCUGCUGACUGUGAGGUACAGGGUCAAAGUUUACUCAAUGAUGAGUCCGUGGCGAACUGUUCGCAGCGAACAGUUCGGGACAUCACUAUUUAGCACCUAAAAAAUUUGCAUUUUUCAAAGUGCGAUGUAACCACAGUAUUUGACAGCUCUAUUUGACUCUCAGAUAUGAAGUGCAGGCCCCAAAUGUACUAUUUAACACCAAAAAUAUUUGAAUUUUUAAAACUGCGCUGUAACCACAGUAUUUGACAGUUCUAUUUGACUCUCAGAUAUGAAAUGCAUGCCCCAAAUUUACUUUUUAGCACCAAAGAAAUGUGAAUCUUUCAAAGUGCGUUGUAACCACAGUAUUUGACGCUUCUAUUUGACUCUCAGAUAUGAAGUGCACCGCAGGCCGCAAAGGUACUAUUUAGCACCCAAAAAAAUUGAAUUUUUAAAACUGCUAUGUUACAGCAGUAUUUGACGGUUCUAUUUGACUCUCAGCUAUGAAGUGCACACCCCAAAUGUACUAUUGAGCACCUAAAAAAUUUGAAUGUUUAAAACUGCGCUGUAACCACAAUAUUUGAAGGUUCUAUUUGACUCUCAGAUAUGAAGUGUACUGCAGGCCGCAAAUGUACUAUUUGGCACCAAAAAGUUAGAUUUUUUAAACCAACAAUGUAACAGUAGUAUUUAAGGGUUUUAUUGGACUGCAAGAAAUGCGCCGCAGGCCUCAAAUGUUCUAUUUAGCACAAAAAAGUGUGAUUUUUUAAACCAACAAUGUAACAGUAGUAUUUAAGUGUUUUAUUGGACUGCAAGAAAUGCAGUACGCAAAUGUACUAUUUAGCACAAAAAAAUUGCAGUAUUUAAAAAUGCCUAGAUGUUGCCCACUGAGCUACCAGAACAGGGUUAAAGUAAUGUGCCUGGUACACAUGCAGUUGCAAGUGCACUGCACUCUCUGUGGCACUGGGCUCAGGGCAGGGUAGUACAUACAAAAAUGUAGUAUAGCACCCACAAAAAUAACCGCUGUAGUUUGCAGAUUCAACACCAGAAUUCUUUCCUAAUCUGUCCCUCACAGCUGCAGCAUCCUCUCUCUACACUAAUAAGAGGUCAUGUGACGUGCGGCGCUACGUGACUCCAGCUUAUAUAUAGAGGCUGGGUCACAUGCUGCACUGGCCAAUCACAGCCAUGCCAUUAGUAGGCAUGGCUGUGAUGGCUUCUAAGGGCACACAAGUCAAACGCUUGUUGGUUGGCAGCCUUUCAAAAUGCGCCAUUAAAUCAACGAACACCGAACUCCAAGUCGAACAUACACUGAUAUGUCCAUGUUCGGGUCCGGGGUCCAAAAACCAUAAUAUUCGGUACGAACCCGAACUUUACAGUUCGGGUUCGCUCAACUCUAAUAAUAAGUGUGGGUGCAUUUAAUAUCAAAGAGGUGAAUUACGGUUGGACAGACAUAUAGCGCAAAUGCCAGGUUUUGUUUACGUUUUGGUUUGAUCGCAACUUGUACAUUUGGCUGUGGUCUUAAGGAGUUAAGUGAAAUACCACCUUUCUUAUAAAUUUUUCCCACUAUUCAAACUGAUGUUGCAGCUAUUAAAGUACACAUUGCUGAACAAUACAAAGGCAUCAAGAAAUUCUGCAAAUACACUAUAUAUCACAGAAUCAAGUUGAAUCUUUCCAUCAUACUGGGUUUUUAAUUUUUUUUGGGGGGCAAAAUGCUUAUUUCCCGAUAGUCUUUAGAUAUCAGUAUUUUUAAAGGAACAUGAACUCUUAAAGGGCCAUUGCAGACUUCUAAAGCAGUUUGCUGAAGUGAUUUUUGUGUAGAGUUCCUCUUUAUUAAUUUAACAAAAAGUGCAAAUUUCAACAGAAAUUGGCAUUUGUAUAUAUUAACCUUGUUACACCCCUAUGGCUGUCAAUCAGACAACUGGUUAUGUUACUUCCUGGUUGCUAGCUCAGUGGAGAUAAACUCAAAAGACAGGCAAUUGCUCAGAACACCUGCCUUGCAAAGACUUCUCAUUGAUCUGCACUGGAAAGUCUGUGAUUGGACAGCCAUAGAAAGUCUGGGUGGGGUUAGAAGGGGAGGACUUUGCAAAGACUUCAGGCAAGAAAACUGCAAGCUGUUUUUAGCUAUACUCACAAUGGAAAAAAUGCAUAAUUAAAUUAAAUUUACUGAACUGUAAAAAAAUUUAAUAAUAUAUAUUUUUUUAAUAAUGAAUAUAAUAUAUAUUAUAUAUAAUAUUUAUUAUUAUUAUUAAAAAAAAAAUGGCUCUGGAGUGUCCCAUUAACCAUUCAAAGGAAUUGAACUAAAGUUCCAUAAUUACAUCUAUAGUUACUUAGCUACAUAGAUGAAAAGAGACUUGUGUCCAUCAAGUUCAGCCUUUCUCACAUCUGUUUUAGCUGUUGAUGCAAAGGAAGACAAAAAAAAAACACAGUUUGAAGCUUCCAAUUCUGCAACAAACUAGGACAAAAAAAUACUUCUUGACCCCAGAAUAGCAGUCAAAUAUCUUUCCUUAGAUCAAGAAGUUAUUAAAUCCUGAAUAGGCUGGAGUGGUCUUACUUGUCUAGGAAAAUAUAAAUAAUAUAAAACAUACACGAUAGACAGACAGACAGACAGAUAGAUAGAUAGAUAGAUAGAUAGAUAGAUAGAUAGAUAAAAUGGUGUUUGUCUGCUUAAUAUGUACUUUGCUGUUAGACAUCUGGUUUGAUGCAAUACUUUGGAUAAUAUAUAUUUGCAAAUCUUGUUAAAUUUAAAUUACAACCAUCCAAUCUCAAUCUCUGUAAAGAAAAAAACUAUUUAUUUUACUGCCUUUUUUAAUAUGUUUUAAAAUAUUUAAGAACCAUGCCCUACAAUUGAAACCAUCUUGAAUUUGCUUUGCAAAAUUGUAAAAAAAAAAAAAAAAGUAGAUUUAUAACCGUUGUCAUAGCACUGACACAUUUGGAACAGGUGGUCAUUAUGCAAGGAAAUGGAAGCCAAUAAAUAUCUCUAUUGUUUUUUUUCCAGUUUUAAACAAUACUCAAGUGUUCAAUUAUAUUUUGCAUUUCUCUCUUAUUUGACAGCAAGUUAUAGAGACUGUGAAACCAGCAGACACACCUUUCCCAGCCCCUCUGGAAGAAGGUAUACCUUCGGCAUUCCACUCUAAAUAUUUAUCUCCACCAGCCGUCUUGUUACAAGAUACAGAGGAAACUAAGGUAUGAUGGUUAAAGUGUUGCUUCAUGUGUUACUCGAACAUUAUUGGAAAAUUACUGUGAAUCUCACAAGAGAAUAUUUAAUAAACACAUUUUACUGACAAUUUUAAUCUAAGGAAAUCCCUUUUUAAUAUACUGUUUAACUCUUGUUUUGUGUGAGAUAGUAUAGCAAUGCCAAGAACUAACAAAAAUGUGUAACAUGAAACUGUAAAAUUAUUCAUUUUUAAAAUAUUUAACUUCUAAGAAAACAGAUGGCACAUCUAAACAUAACUAUAUUGUGCAUUUAAUUAUAUUAUCAUGUGCCGUUUCUUGUUGUUUUGCCCUGAAACAGAAUUGGCAAGCACACAUAUUUUAGAAAAAUAAAAAGCCCCAUAGCUGGGACACACCAGAUUAUCAUAAUAGUUUUUAUUCUAAUUUGCUAUAUAAGAAAGAAUCAUAUAAUAAAAUGAUAUAUGCAAAUGUCACAUUUUUCAAUGAAUCUAUUCAGCAUCCAAAACACUUCCUUCCUCAACAAAGAUCAGUUAGUUAUAGAAAAAAAAUCUUAAAAGGAACACUCCCACUUCAAUAACAACUUCAGCUCAUUGACCGUCAUCUUACAUUCACGGUUUUCCAUUGGUGAAACAUCGAACAUGGUUCCCCAACAUCCUUCACUUUGGCCCCUGGCUUCCUUCCUCAGGCUGCCAUAGUAUGAGGAAGUAUUGGCAGACGGCUAGUGAUAGGAUUCUCAAUGGAAGAUAACUGGUCUCCUGUUGAGAAAAAUAUGACAUACUUCUGAGUGACCAGAAGAAGGAAACCAAGGAUCAGCCCUGUAGUUGAUCACCAUCUGCUAACAUUUAACAUCUGCAUACCCCAUACCAAAAUUUUACCACCAUCAACUCUCCAACCUCACAGAAACCUCAACUCCCUCGAUCUCCACCAACCUCCAAAGUCUCCUUUUACCCAUCUCAAAUCUCAACUGCCCUAGCUCUGCAGCCUCACUCUACAACUCCACUCUCUCCUCUCAACUUGACAUCAUGACACCUCCUACAGUUAAACGCAGCAAGCGCCUCCAAUUACAACCCUGGCACACCAAGCUGACCCGUUACCUCCAAAAAUUUUCCAGAACUGCUGAACGCUGCUGGAGAAAGUCUCACUUUGCAUCUGACUUUGUCCACUAUAAAUUUAUGCUGCGCUCCUACAGCAUGGCUCUUUCCUCUGCAAAAGUAAACUACUUGAACAACCUCAUAAGCACACUGUCCCAUCAACCCAAACACCUGUUUCACACUUUUGAUGCUCUUCUUCGCCCUGUGACUCCCCCUCCUUCCACCACCUUGUCUGCCACAAACUUUGCAUCUCAUUUCACUGUGAAGAUCUCUACAAUCAGGAAAGAGAUCUCUAAUCUCUCUCCUACCCCUAUCAAUACAUCACCCAACCCCACUACCCCUGCCAUCCUAUGCUCAUUUGCACCUGCUACAGCACAAGAGGUUUCUGCACUGCUCCUGUCCUCCCGCCCCACCACCCACUCUCUCGAUCCUAUUCCCUCGCAUCUCAUCCGCACUUUGUCUCCCUAUCUUGUUCUUCCUCUCGCUAAUAUUUUCAAUCUCUUCCUUUCCUCUGGCAUAUUUCCCUCACCCUUCAAACAUGCAACCGUAACCCCGAUUCUGAAAAAGCCCAACCUUGAUCCCAACUACCCAUUCAACUACGCCCUAUCUCGCUACUGCCAUUUGCCUCCAAGACCCUCAAGGGAGUUGUGUACGCCAGAUUGACAGACUUAGUCGAAUCCAACUCUCUGCUUGACCCCCUUCAGUCUGGAUUCCACGCUGGUCACUCUGUCGAAACUGCUGUGACCAAAGUAUCCAACGAUUUAAUCGCUGCUAAAUCUCGCGGCCAAUACUCUAUCCUAAUCCUCCUUGAUCUUUCUGCCGCCUUUGACACUGUUGAUCAUCAACAGCUUCUUCACAUUCUCCGUAACUUUGGUCUACGGGAUACUGCUCUCUCCUGGUGCUCCUCCUAGCUCUCCCAGCUCUCUUUCAGUGUUUCUUUCUCUGGCUCUGGCUCUGCCUCUUCUCCCCAACCCCUCUCUGUCAAGGUUCUGUCCUCGGCCCCCUACUGUUCUCUAUCUAUACUGCCUCCCUUGGUAAACUUAUCAGCUCCUUUGGCUUCCAAUAUCAUUUAUAUGCAGAUGACACGCAAAUCUACCUGUCCUCCCCUGAUCUCUCUCCUUCCACCUUGACUCGUGUUUCUGACUGCCUCUCUGCUAUUUCCAACUGGAUGGCUGCUCACUUCCUUAAACUCAACCUGUCCAAAACAGAACUUCUAGUUUUUCCUCCCUCAAGUGCUGCUACUCCUAUGUCUGUCUCCAUCCAAGUCAACGGCGCUACUAUCACCUCUACCUCUGCCUAGGGGUUCUUUUUGAUUCUGACCUCUCUUUUACUCCUCAUGUCCAAUCGAUAGCCAAAUCCUGUCGCUUCCAACUCAAGAACAUAGUGCGCAUCCGCCCAUAUCUAAUGCCGGACGUGGCUAAGGUACUGGUUCAUGCUGUUGUUCUCUCUCACCUUGACUAUUGCAAUCCCCUUCUCACCGGUCUUACAUGUUCCCAGCUUGCAUCACUGCAAUCUAUAAUGAAUGCGACUGCGAGGCUUAUUUUCCUGUCCGGUCGCACCUCCCACGCCUCCACGCUCUGUCAGUCCCUGCAUUGGCUCCCAGUUAGAUAUAGGGCCCAAUUCAAAAUUCUGGCGCUUGCUUACAAAUCCGUACAUAAUGCUGCUCCAACAUACCUAUCCUCCCUCAUACACAAGUAUUUCCCGUCGAGACCCCUGCGCUCAGCCCAGGACCUACGCCUAUCCUCUGCCCGGAUCCCCACCUUUGAUGUUCGCCUUCAAGACUUCUCCAGGGCUGCACCUAUUCUAUGGAACUCCCUUCCCUCCUCAAUCAGACUUUCACCCAGCCUCCACUCCUUCAAAAAAUCUUUGAAAACUCACUUCUUCAUUAAAGCGUAUCAAGUAAACUGUCAGCAGGUUUCUCAUCCCCCACCCCAUGACUCAUUUUCUGCAACUGUCAAAAAUGACCUACCAAGCACUCAAUAAACCCUUCUCUAACAAACUAUUUAAUUCCCCUACUUUAACCCUUUGUGUCACUAUACCCCUCUCCCUCUAGCAUGUAAGCUCAUGGAGCAGGGCCCUCAACCCCCUCUGUUCCUGUACGUCCAGUGGUCUGAUCUCAAUUAUGUGUCUGUUAGUCCACCCAUUGUACAGCACUACAGAAUUUGUUGGCGCUAUAUAAAUGAUAAAAUAAUAAUAUUUGGGAGUAUGAGUGCUCCUUUAACCCCUUAAGGACCAAACUUAUGGAAUAAAAGGGAAUCAUGACAUGUCACACGUCAUGUGUCCUUAAGGGGUUAAAGCAGGGGUCCUCAAACUCUGCCCCCCCCCCCCCAGAUGUUGCUGAACUACAACUCCCAUGAUCCUUUGAAUUACAUAGAUAGCCAGAGAAUCAUGGGAGUUGUAGUUUAGCAACAUCUGGGGGGCCGGAGUUUGAGGACCCCUGCUUUAAAGACACCCUGCAGAUUACAACAAAUUUAAGUGGAUUGAAAAGCAAGCAAAAUUUAGACAUAAAUGAAAACACCAAGUGCCAUAACUACUGCAGUAUGCUGUAGUGGUUCUUUUUACGUGGUGACCCGCAAUAAAAGUGAACCAACUGUUGUCUGCCUGCUCUACAGCCUUAUUAAUUUUAAUAUACUUAAAACAUUAUUGAUGUUUAUAUAGUUGUAUCUGUGUAUGCAUAUAUGGUAAUUUUUGUUUAUUAUAGUUAGUUUUCUUAUUAUGCUUAGAAAAGUAUUCAUACAUUUCAGCAACCAUGAGCAUAUUAUCCUGCAGUGAAUGUAAAAAUGAUGUACAGUAUUAUAUAAUAUGUUUCUUUGUACACAAAGCUUUAAAACAGUAAGCACCAUUUUAGUAUGCUAACUUGCUUUCACAACUUCUGUCUUUCUUUGACAUUAUUUGUGGCGUUUUAUCAAUCCCAUUAAAAGAAAGGAAAUGUCUUUAUCUCAGGAAUAACUCCUUAGAUUGUCUGAGUUCUGACUUUGAUUUAUAAAUGAGCUUACACUAGUUAUUGUUUGGGAGUGUGGAAAUGUACUGACAUUUCUUCAAGUUAAAGGGCAGAUUAUUUAAUGUUUGCUUUAGAUACAGAGAAUAAAUGGGUGUUAACCUUAUUUUCUUUAGAGCCAGCUAUCAGUAAUUUGAAUGUAAAAAUAGUGUAUUAAGGUAAUAGUGUUACUGUACCUCAACAUUGGUAAUUUACACAAAUACAUGAAAUUAUAUCAAUUCACGCAUGCUUUUUGUUCUUCAUUUGUGAUUUAUAUUUAUCACAUACCUGUGUAAGACAAUUGCAAACAAAGUGGACUACUUACAUCAGGCCCCCCCAAUAGUCCCGAUUUUGGAAUUUUUCCAAAUCUGGGGACACCAGGGAUCUGUAAUUUGGCAGCACAAUACAAGCAAAUCAUUAGAUGCCCUAAGACCAUGCAAAGAGUGCUUCAGGAGGUUGGGGGCAGUCUGAACAGGCCCCUUCAGUCUAUCAGUGGAUGGGGCCAAUUAUUAUGGGCAUCACCAGUGAUGUGAAUCAUGUCACUGGUGAUGCCCUUUCUCAGGCCCACCCAGUAGCCCCAAUCUGGUGGAAGGUAUGCUUACAUUGAGGUCUAUUCACUUAAGAAUAGUGAACAACAGUAAAAGGAAUUGGCAAUUUAAUACCAAACCACCUAUGCUGCAAAAAUAGAGAACAUUGAGAAUUUUGCAAAGUUUAUAACAAAAUAGUGACUUGGAUUUCCACAUUUUAGUGCAUAUACCGUUUAUGUUUUUCUCUACGAUUGUAUGUCUAGUUUAUUUUUGUUCCAACUUCAUAACUGUAAUAAUUACAAGGAAAAAAAGUUGGCCUGAUUAAAUGUACACUCUUUUUUUGCAUGAUAUUCAUGAAUAUCAUACGUUAAUACUAGUAGUGGAGACUUGUUUAAGGUCUGCGAAACAGGAAGAUACAUAAAGUGUAAUCUCUAUCUUGAGGCAAGAUGGAUAUGUCAACCAUACAAAAGACAGAGUGCAGUAAUAUGCAACUUUAUCCUAAGCACGUUCUCUCUGUCUUUCUCUUUCUGCAGGCUGAGAUAAAUGAAAUGUUGAAGGUGCAGGAAGAGGCCUAUACUGCAAAAAUAGAAAUCUUGGAAAAGCCAUGACAUUCUCAGCAAACUGUUCAGAACUUCAAAUAUCACAUCAUGCUGUAAAAUUCUCUAGAGAUCCUUAUUUAUUACCGUGCCAAACAAAUCCUUACACACACUGUUAUAUUUAUACAUAUAUAGCAAAAUGUGUUUUUGAGAAGACAUUUUAUUAUUUUUGACUUACCGCAGAAAAAUGCAUUUGGGUGUUAAAAAGAAUGUUGUUGGGAGCGAUAUUAUAUUAUAUGUGCUUCUUCACACUGCUAUGUAGUUUAAUUGUAAUGCAGUACUGUAUAAACUCAAGCAUAAGAUUAAAUAUAAUUUUUGACAGUAUAAAA